AUGGCGCAGAAUGACCGGGACUCGUUUGAGGGACGGGGUAAACGGGAUGAGACUGGCUGUACCAUCCGUGCCCGGUUCUCGGCCCAACCUCUAUUUUUAGCGCUGCGUCACCCGUUGCAGUACACCUCAGUCGCCGGUUUGCUGCACCCUUGCAAUUUCUUGCAGUUUUAUUAUCUGAUUGAGGAUCCGGCUACAAAAAGCUUUGCCGACGCGCUCACUAGAGGGUGGAGACGGGAGGUUGUGACUUGGACUGCGGGAACGGGGGGAAGGGCGAGGUGCGUGCGCGCAGCCUGCGGCACACGGUACUCACACAGUCUCCGUCUUAACAGCGCGCAGUUAGUACAACUGACGUGCGUCGCUACUCAAUUUUCGUUCGUUCCGUUGAAAUCCACUCUAAAUAAGAGUGUGGGUGCAGUGUGGUGUGGUGUUUAUAGUUAUACAACUGGAUUGUGUAUAUCUACGAAAUACCGGUGGACUCUCCACGGAAACCCGUUCGUCUGGCGAGGGAAGGCGACCGUGUACUUCGGGAGGAAUGAGCCCCGUGAACAACUGUUCCCAUACUCACCGAUGAUCUCAAGAGACAAUGUACAAAGAAACCUUACCGCUCGUGGUAUGGACGCUCUUAGUCACGACUGCGAAAGUAAGUACAGUAUCAUACAACAAUGGUUUAAUUUGUAUGUAGCGACGCAAAGCCAAUAUGGAAUAGGUCUAGGAAUAAAACGAGAAGUAUUUUUCUUAAAUUUAGAAGACGGUUACUUUGGCUGCCAAGUUAACGAAUCGACUCAGAUAUUACAAUUAUACGAAUUAUCCAAAUUAUGUGACGGUGUGCCUGACUGCUAUAAGGCAUCCGACGAACUUAGAACAGAGUUAAAAUGUUCAGAUGAUUGUACCAAAGAAGAUGGCGCACAAUGUAUAAAUGGUGCUUGUCUACAUGGAGUUUGCUAUUGUAAUGAUGGUUUUGGUGGCUGUAAUUGUCAGGAACCUGAUAUUAACGAGUGCAAAGACAGGCCGUGUGAUGUAUUUGCACAUUGUACAAACACAGUAGGCAGUUUUCAAUGCUCUUGCUUUCCUGGUUACGUCGGAGAUGGAUUCACUUGUAAAGAUAUCAACGAAUGUGAAGAUCCAGCUAUAGCGGCGAGAUGUGUUGAAAAUGCAGAAUGUUGCAAUCUACCAGCUCACUUCAUAUGUAAAUGUAAUCGUGGUUUCGAAGGGGACGGCGAAGAAGAGUGUCGAGAUAUCGACGAAUGCCGACGUCCUGGGGCUUGCGGUUCGAACGCCAUUUGUCAGAACUAUCCUGGAAAUUAUACUUGCGCCUGCCAAGCUGGCUUUACAGGAAACCCGUUCGAUGGUUGUGUCGACGUGGACGAAUGUUUAAACCAAGACGCGUGUGGUGCUGGUGCGGUAUGCCGCAACCUUGUAGGAGGUUAUGAAUGUAGCUGCCCACCGGGACAUGAAGGCGAUCCAAGACUUGCUUGUACGCAUGCCGACCCUUGCGCCAGAAAUUCCUGUGGACGUCAUGCAAUCUGCGAAAGCCUGCCAGGAAACUACCGCUGUCUUUGCCCGCCAGGUUUUGAAGGCGACCCUAAUGUCCAAUGCAAUGACGUAGAUGAGUGUAAAAAUAGUGAAGCGGUUUGCGGAGCUCACGCCGUGUGUAGCAAUACGAUUGGAAGUUUUACUUGCCACUGCCUCCCGGACUAUACGGGAGAUGCCCGUUUGCCGAGCGGUUGCACAGACGUUGACGAAUGUGCGGCGCUUGAGCACCCAUGUGGAUUACAUGCCAUAUGCGAAAAUGCAUCGCCAGGAUAUAAUUGCGUAUGCCCCCAAGGAUAUCGGGCUCAACCCGAUCCCCAGAUAGCAUGUGAACAGAUUGAUGUCAAUACUUUGUGCAGAACAAACUUUGAUUGUACAAAUAACGCGGAAUGUGUGGAUGGUCAGUGCUUCUGUAAAGAUGGUUUUCAACCGAAGGGGUCUGUAUGCGCAGAUAUUGACGAAUGUUCACACGGGUCAAAAUGUGGAGAGAAUGCUAUAUGUAUAAAUUCAAUCGGAAGUUAUACAUGUGCAUGUGUGACGGGAUAUGUAGGGCUGCCGCCUCAGGUGAAAUGUCGCGCUCCUUGUGAGGAUGUUAAAUGUGGCGAUCACUCUUAUUGUAAAUCAGAUGGAAAUGACGCGUACUGCAUUUGUGAUGAGGGAUGGAAUUUCAAUCCUAAUGAUAUAUCAGCUGGAUGUGUCGAUAUUGAUGAGUGCGAUAUAGGAAUAGGGGCAGCAUCACACUGUGGUGCUAAUGCUCGAUGCUCAAAUACUUUAGGCAGUUUUAUGUGUGAAUGUCCAGAUGGUUUCACUGGGGACCCAUACAAAAAUUGUUUCGAUAUUGACGAAUGUGAGAUAGAUAAUACAUGCGGUAUUGGAGCGGAAUGUAUUAAUGAAAAGGGGUCGUAUACAUGCGCUUGUCCCGAUGGAACUAUAGCUGAUCCUGAUCCUCGAGUAAAAUGUGCAGAAAUACUUACCUGUACUUCUAAUGACGAUUGUCCUGGAAAUGCUAUAUGUAACGGAAACGCAAAGUGCGUCUGUCCUGAACCAAAUAUAGGGAACGAAUGUCGACAUCCCUGUGAAGCUUUACAUUGUGGAAGCAAUUCUGAAUGCCUUCUAAACGAACAAAUAGCACAAUGCACUUGUCGAAAUGGAUUUACGGGUGAUCCUUCUUCACCAAGUGGGUGUCAAGAUGUCAAUGAAUGUGAUGGAAAUCCUUGCGCCCCGGGUGCCGUAUGUAAAAAUUUACCUGGUAAUUUCCAAUGUGAAUGCCCCGGGCAUUUUAAAGGCGAUCCUUAUACUGAAGGGUGUUUUACUAGCAAACUUCCACAGUCAUGCAGCAAUACAAACCCAUGUCCGCAAGGCGAACAAUGUGUAUUGCAUGAUAAUGAAAAUGUUUGUAUUUGCGGACAGGGUUUCUCUCGAAAUGUUGAUAAUGGCCUAUGUGAAGAUAUAAAUGAAUGUACUCAACACGGUCGCACGCCGUGUGGCCUGAACGCUAUUUGUAAGAACCUGCCUGGCAGUUACGAAUGUAAAUGCCCUCCCGAAUAUAGUGGAAAUCCAUAUAAUUUGUGCGAAAUGUGUACCGACAUAUCAUGUCAGUGCCAACUGCCAUAUAAAGUAGUCGAUGGUAAAUGCGUGCUAUCUGGUUGUUCGAAAGACAAAAAAUGUGGAAAAGGUGCCGAAUGUAUUGUAAUAUCGGACAGCGUAAGUUACUGUGCUUGUCCAGUUGGGUACGCACAGACAAAUGAUGGAGCUUGCGAAGAUAUUAACGAAUGUUUACUAGAUCAGCCUGCCUGUGGUUUUGGCGCAGAAUGCGUCAAUACUCUAGGAUCUUUUAUUUGUAAAUGUCCUGCCGGUUACGGAAAAGAUCCAAAUUCGGGACAGUGUAGCUUAAACCAGAAACGCUGUAUAAGUGAUAGCGACUGCUUUGCUAAUGAAAAGUGUGUGCAACCUGGAAACUGUGUGUGUCCACCACCAUUUUACCUAGAUGUUACUGAUGGCCAGAAAUGUAAAAGUCCUUGUGAGAGAUUUACUUGUGGAAUCAAUGCUAAAUGUACUCCAAGCGACCCGCCCAGGUGUAUGUGCAUGUCUGGAUACGAAGGAGAUCCCUACACAGGUUGUACAAACAGAAACGAAUGUCAGAGUGCUCCUUGUGCCUAUGGUGCUAUUUGUAAUGACGAACAAGGUGGAUAUAAAUGUAUUUGCCCACAAAACAUGAUCGGAGACCCGUACAAAACUGGAUGUACAAUAGAUGAAGUCCCAUCUCAAAAAUUAUUAUGUAGCAAAGAUAAUCAAUGCCCAAAUAAUUUGGCUUGUCUAAACCGAACCUGUAUAUCGCCAUGCUUAAGCGUAUCCUGUGGUCCUAAUGCUUUCUGUGAGGUUGAAAACCACGCCGCAUGGUGUCGGUGCAACCCUGGAUAUACGAAACCAGAAGGCGGGAAAUGUAUUUCUGGUUGUGACAAUUAUUCCUGUGCUCCCGGUGCCCAUUGCAUUAUUUCAAAGACUGGCCCAACAUGCGUUUGUCCUGAGGGUAUGGUUGGAAAUCCAUUCCCGGGCGGAAACUGCAGAAGAGAUUUAUGCGGGGCAGGAAUACACUGUGAGGAACCUAUGUCGUGUGUGGCUGGUAGAUGUCGUCAGAGAUGUGAAGAUGUGGUGUGUGGUAUUGGAGCCACUUGUGAUGAGAAAACAGGACAUUGUGUUUGUGAUGCGUUCUUUGUUGGAAAUCCGGACUUACUCUGCAUGCCGCCUGUUGCACCACCCACUUGUGAACCAGGAUGUGCUCAAAAUGCUCAUUGUGUGUAUGGGCAAAAUAAUAUGUGCAAAUGUAAUAAAGGUUUCACGGGUAAUCCUUACAAAAAAUGUUUACCCCGAAGGCAAAUCACAUGCAAACAAGGGCUGUGUGGGUCAAAUGCAGUUUGUCAGCAGACUAGGUCACACAUUGAAUGUUUAUGUCCGCCUGGAUACAUCGGCAACCCUAAUCUGCAAUGUAUCGAUAUAGAUGAGUGCGGUUCCAGACCAUGCGGAGAAAAUGCAAUAUGUAUAAACACACCUGGCAGCUUCAGCUGUAUUUGCAAAAGCCGGUAUAUUGGAAAUCCUUACGAAUUGUGUACUCAAAUAUCAUUAUCAAAGUGUGUGGACGGCACAGUAUGCACUUGUUCUCGGAAUAAUACGUGUCCCGAUGGCUAUACGUGUGAAAAAUCAAGAUGUGUUGACGCAUGCCGCAGUAUGCUAUGUGGACCGAAAAGUUUAUGCGCAGAAGGAAAAUGUGAAUGUCUUCCUGGCUACGUGGGGAAUCCUAAUGAUCUUCAACAAGGCUGCGCUGUCGAUAAAUCAUGUUUGACCGAUGGAAAUUGCAAAGACACGGAAAUUUGUUUACAACUAGCUAAAGACACAAGACGAUGUGUUGAUGCUUGUAGCAAACUACAAUGUGGACCUAAUUCAAUAUGCGUUAGUUCAAACCAUCACGCCCAUUGCAUUUGUACUGAAGGCUAUGUCGGAAAACCGAAUGAUGUUAAAAUAGGGUGCCAAUUGCUACAACGUGAACCAAACGAAGUCGAGUGUAAUCUAGAUACCGACUGUGCUGAACCUCAAAUUUGCGUAUCAGUAGAUGGUUCAACUAAAAGGUGUCUAGAUUUGUGUUCUACCAUCAUUUGCAGCCCUAAUGAAGUUUGUAACGUUAUAGAUAACAGCGCCCGGUGUGAUUGUAAAGAAGGCUAUUUAUGGAAUCCAUUGAACUCGAUAUGCGAGCAACCCACUACAUCUAACUGUAAUAGCGAUACCGACUGUGAUGAUGAUAAAUCGUGUCAAAAAGAUGUACUAGGUGUUAAAAAGUGUAUGGAUAAUUGUAAUACAUUUACUUGUCCUCAAAAUUCGAAAUGUGUAACAAAAGGCCACAUUAGUCAAUGUCAAUGUUCCAAUGACUUUGAGGGAAAUCCUAACGACCGAGAUGGUUGUGUACCGGUGAACAAGAACCAAUGUGUGACUGAUGCUCAAUGUAGGGAGAGCGAAGUAUGCAAGAACGUUAACGCUUUGAAAAAAUGUGUUUCGGCUUGUCAACAAAUCGUUUGUGGGCCUAAUGCUUUCUGUAUAACUAAUAACCACGUCGCUCAAUGCCAAUGUCCUGUCGGGCCAUAUACGGGAGACCCUAAUGAUUUAGAAAGUGGCUGCAAAUUAGUGCCGUGUGUAUAUAAUGUAGAUUGUAUGCCGCAACAAUUAUGCAAUCGUAUGACACACACGUGUAUCAACGCGUGCUCUGAAGAUUCUUGUGGAGAUAAUGCUGUAUGUAUAGCUGAAAACCAUAAAUUUGUAUGCCACUGUCCAGUUGGCUAUCAGCCUGAUCCUAUUCCUGAAGCUGGUUGUAAAAAAGUUGAUGUGUGUAGAUCAAAUCCAUGCCACAAAACAGCGUUGUGCGAACCAUCGGGAUCCUCCUUUAUUUGCAAAUGCCCUGAUGGUCUAGUUGGAGAUCCCAGAGAAGAAGGCUGCAUACCUCAAAACUCUUGUUCUGACUCUGACAAUGACUGUCCUGGUGACACUGUCUGUAUAAAUAGAAGAUGUACUAAUCCGUGUCAAAAUGCAUGUGGUAUCAACUCCCUAUGCAAAGUAGUCAAUGGAAAAGCAAAUUGUUUAUGCCCUGAAAGUUAUGAGUUUAUAAAAGGAACCAAACAGUGUAAGAAAAAGUUAAUAACCUGCAAUAACGAUUUUGAUUGUGAUGGCGAAAUUUGUCAUAAAAAUCAAUGUUUCACGGCUUGUAGAAAUUCAACUCAGUGUGACCAUGAAGACGUGUGCAUUAAGAAUUUAUGUACUAAAGAGUGCACCAAACAUACACAGUGCAGUAACGGCGAGGCUUGUAUUGAAGGCCAGUGUUUGAUUGGUUGUCGCAGUAAUAACGAUUGUUCUAAUGAAGAAGCAUGUAUUAACAAUCGCUGCAAUGAUCCAUGUGUGGGCUCGAGGGUAUGUGGUCCAAAUGCUAUCUGUUCAAGGGAACAGCACGCGACAAAAUGUGAAUGUCCACUUGGAUUUGAAGGUACACCUACUGCACAGCAAGGCUGUGUUCGGAAGCCAAGUUCGUGCUCGAAGACAUCGCACUGUCCGCCUGAUCAUAUGUGCAUUGGAUAUUUAUGCCAAGUACCAUGUCAAUCGAAAUCAGACUGUGCUAUAGGAGAAACGUGUUACGAUAGUAAAUGCCAUAAAAUUUGUCACACGAGCAGCAAUUGCUUACACGGAGAGCAUUGUAGCUCUGGAGUAUGCGUUCUUGGUUGCCGUGUCGACUCAGACUGCAUGGACAAUCAAAUGUGUAAAGAAUCAAAAUGUGAGUGCUCACCGGGAUUCCAAAUGUCAGGGGAUCAGUGUCUAAAUAUAAACGAAUGCGUUCAGAACCCUUGCCAUCCUUCUGCUCAAUGUAUUGAUGAUUUAGGUUCAUUUAAAUGUGUUUGUCCGACUGGAGCCAUUGGGGACCCUUACAAAAACGGGUGCUUAAUGCCGAAUCAGUGUAGACGAGAUAGUCAGUGUGAAGAUUCACUUGUCUGUUUCCGUGGAAAAUGUAGAAAUCCUUGCGAAACAAAUGAUCCAUGUGGCUCAAACGCUCUUUGUGCAGUUAAAGAACAUAAAGUAACAUGUACUUGCCAGAAAGGACAUUUGGGGAACCCAUUAGACAAGAAGGUAGGGUGUUUCAGAGUAGAGUGCAUGGAUGAUUCUGAAUGCUCUAAUGAUAAAUUCUGCCGUUUGGAUAGCAACAAAUGUUCAGAUCGAUGUGAAGAUACUGAAUGUAAAGGCGGAAUUUGUAAAAUAAUAGACCACAAAGCUUCGUGCACUUGUUUGUCUGGGUCUGAACUAAUAAAUAACAAUUGUGAAGAUAUUAACGAGUGCCUUACACACCCGUGUCCGUUAAAUUCUAUCUGUGAAAAUACACCUGGAUCGUAUGGGUGUAGUUGUGUUAAUGGAACUGUCCUCGAUAUUAGCACGAAACAUUGCAAGAAACCUGGCGACUGCUUCGCUGAUGAAGAUUGUUCUGAAAUGACAAAAUGCCAUAAAAAUCAAUGUAUAAAUCCAUGUGAAAAUUCUCCUUGUGGCGAGAACUCCCAUUGUUUCGUACUUAAACAUGAGCCCACUUGCGAAUGUCACGAAGGUAGUCACGGUGAUCCGUAUAAAGGCUGCAUCAAAUUUGAAUGUACAAGAGAUUCUGAUUGUUCGUCAGCAGAAGCGUGUGUCAAUAACAAAUGUAAAAAUUCCUGCGACAUACCACGGGCAUGUGGUAAAAAUGCUAAUUGCGUAUCUAGAAAUCAUAUAGGCCAUUGUUAUUGCGGUAAUGGUUUUACUGGUGAUCCGGUCUUGGGGUGUGUCCCCAUACAAUACUGUAAUGACGAUAGUCGGUGCCCAUCAGGAACAAAAUGUGUUGAUAACUUAUGUCUUGGAAUAUGUAAGAAUUCCCGAGACUGCCUAAAUGAUCAAAUAUGCAUCAAAGAUACUUGUAGACUAAUGUGCACAUCGAACGAUACGUGUCCCGAAUCUUACUUCUGUUCAAAUAAAAUAUGCAUUAAAGAAAUUGAAUGUUUAUCCAAUGACGAUUGCCCUGAUGAUGCCCAAUGCACUGAAGGCAAAAAUGGUAUUCCUCAAUGCGUCAAACUUUGUAAGAACCAACCGUGCGGAAGAAACGCACUCUGCACCUCAGCAUUACAUAAAUCCGUUUGUUCUUGCAAAGACGGCUUUUUCGGAGAUCCAGUUCAAGGUUGUAAAAAAAUUGAAUGCAAUCAAGAUAGUGACUGUACCGAAGACAAAUAUUGUGAUCAAAACAUGUGUAAAAUUGCGUGUUUGGCUCAAAAUAAAUGUGGCCAAGAUUCAAUUUGCUUAUCUGAAAAACAUCAAGCUAUUUGUUAUUGCCAACCGGGGCACACAGGCGAUCCUACGAAAGGAUGUAUAGAAAUUGACUAUUGCGGCUCAAAUCCGUGUGGUGAUGGCGCAGAAUGUAGAAAUGUCAGGAAUGGCGCACAAUGUUUGUGCCCUGGAGGAACUGUAGGAGAUCCAUACGGGAAAGGCUGCCAAAAAGGUUCCCAAUGUAGAUUUAACAGGGAUUGUCCUUCAGUUGCUCGAUGCACAGUUAUUGACGGAAUAAGAAAAUGCACAGAUGCGUGCGAUAGUGUUAAAUGUGGACCAAACACCGAAUGUAUAGCCGCACGACACGCCGGUGAAUGUAAAUGUAAGCCCGGCUUUACUGGUAACCCUUCUAGCGAUAAGGGUUGUCGGCCUCAAGAAAUUGUCUGCAAAUCAAUCAAAGAUUGUGGUGAAAAUCAAUAUUGUCAUAACACUACAUGCCAAGCAUUAUGCCUUCUCGACGAAGAAUGCGCAUCAGUAGAAAGAUGUAUUAAUGGGCAAUGUGUAGAACCUUGCAAGAUGGAAAAAACGUGUGGAUUAAAUGCACAGUGCCGAACUGACAAUCAUGUUGUAAUAUGUAGUUGUCCAUACAGGUUCACUGGGAAUCAAGAUGUUGAAUGUGUGAGAAUACCAAGACUUUGUGGUGGCUCAGGUGAAUGUGAAGAAGGCAACAUUUGUCAAGAUUCUAUGUGCUUACCUAAAUGCACGGUCGACGAAGAAUGCGCUGUUAAUGAGAGAUGUUCGAAGGGGGCAUGUUUGCUUACAUGCCGCGUCGAUAACGACUGUUUCCUCGGCCAUAUUUGCCUAGCCAACAGCUGCCAUUACGGUUGCAGGCAAGACGACGAUUGUGGACCAGAUGAAUUUUGUAGAAAUAAUUACUGCCAGAAUCCAUGCUCAAAUGACAACAAUCCAUGCGGGCCGAAUGCACGGUGCACUGUAGCAGAUCGUAAAGCUGUAUGUUCUUGUCUUGAUAACUUGAUACCGAACCCGACGCCUAAUGUUGGUUGCGUGCGUAUACCUGCACCUGUGUGCAAAAUGCAUUCAGAUUGUGCCUCCGGAUGGAGAUGUGAAGAUGACCGCUGUCGGCCAGCUUGUACACCAGACGGGACAAAUUGCCUUCAAGGAGAACGUUGCGACGUUGGCGUUUGUCGAUUCGCAUGCACAUCUGACGACCAUUGUUCAGAUGGCGAAAUUUGUGAUGGUAGAUUCUGUAUUACGGGCUGUAAAUCAAACUCUCAUUGUUCUAAUGAUAAAGCAUGCAUGGUAGGACAAUGUAAAGAUCCUUGCACAGAACCUUCUUCGUGCGGUGCUAAUGCUCUGUGCUCGACGAAAGAUCACCAACCAAUUUGUUCAUGUCCAAAGUCAUUGGCUGGAGACCCUAAGGUUGCUUGCCGAAGAAUAUCUCUACCGUGCGAUAAAGAUAAAAGCUGUAGUAAUGGAUUUAGUUGUUACGGUGAUGUUUGUUAUCCAUCUUGCAGGAGUGAUAAUGUCUGUAUGGCUAAUGAAAAAUGCAUACGCGGUAUAUGUAGAGUUGUAUGUAACAGUGAUGAUGUGUGUAACGAAGGCCAUAUAUGUGAAAAUAGAAUCUGUAAGCAGGGUUGUCGCCACGACAAUGCCUGUAGCGAUAAUCAAGCUUGUCUUAAUGGACAGUGUAAAGAUCCUUGCAAGGAGGGUAGUAGCUGUGGUACUUGCGCUGAAUGUAAAGUUAUAAAUCAUAGAGCACAAUGCAGUUGUUCGAGUAAUUACACCGGUAAUCCUCUUGUGGAAUGUAAACGGAAGCAACUACAAUGCGAUGGGUUCUGCCCCUGCGACGACAGUGGCUAUUGCAUCUCGCUUUGCGACAACCACUCUGAUUGCAACUGCGGAGAAAAGUGCUUUAACGGAGGCUGCAGGGUCAUGUGCUCGGUACGAAAUAAAUGUCCACAAAGACAAAUAUGUUCCCAAGGAGCUUGCCUACCAGGCUGUAAUAAUAAUAGAGACUGUGGCGAAGAUAUGAUAUGCUCAUCUAAGCAAUGUGUCCCCGUUUGUCGUGAGAAUUCUUGCGGGAAAAAUGCAUUGUGCACCUCAUUGCGCCACCGUCCUUUGUGCAGUUGCCCUAGCGGAUUCUCCGGCGACCCCUCGAAGGAAUGUAAACUAUUUGAAUGCGCUAACGAUGAAGACUGCGCAGUGGAUGAAGAAUGUAAUGGCAAUAAAUGUAAAAAAGUAUGCAUAAACGCGUGCGGAACGAACGCCAUAUGUAGAACUGUAAAUAGAAGUCCACAAUGUUCUUGUCCACCAAACUUCAUUGGCAAUCCCAAGUUGGAAUGUUCUAAGUCGAGUGGUGGAUCUUGUUCUCGAAAUCCAUGCGGGGUGAAUGCUCGAUGUCGGGAUAUGGACGAUGGAAGUUUCGAGUGCACUUGCCCUCCGGGUUGCGCUGGUAAUCCACAACAUCAGUGCUUCUGCGGUACUAUGGCUCCGUGUGCUCACAAAGUGUGCGGUACAAACGCCCAGUGCAGAAUAGGACAGAAUCGUGAAACUCAAUGCUAUUGUCCCCGGAACUAUCCCAAUGGUGAUCCGAAUAUAGAAUGUACGCAAGAGCGGAGCGUUGUCGACUGUCGAACGACUGGUUGUGGUGUUAACGGCGAAUGCUUAAGAGAGGGAGCUGAAUUUGUUUGUAGAUGUAUACCUGGAACAGAAGGUCAAGCCGAUAUAGAAUGUCACACCAGUAUCGAAUGUACGAGCGACAAGGACUGCCCGGUCGACAAGGCGUGUCUCAGCUUGCACUGCGUCGAUCCGUGCACGAUGCGCGGCGUCUGCGGCGAAGACGCGCUCUGCGUAUCCGUCAUGCACCGCGCGCAAUGCUCCUGCCCCCAAUGUUACAUCGGACAACCGAGACAAGCCUGCCGUCUAGAUCCCGCCUGCAAACCGACUUCAGAUAUCAACAUUACUUUUACUUGCUCAGACACAAAGCCGUGUCCUCCUAAAUUAGCAUGCGAUCUCGCCACAGGCCAAUGUCGCAAUCCAUGCGUUGAUUAUCACAGCUGUCGCCAGAAUCAAAAAUGUGAGGUCAGAAACCAUGAACCAGUGUGCGUUUGUCGUAACGGAUUCGCUUUAAAUGAAAGAGGUGAAUUGACGUGUGCACCAGAACAUGCGGAAUGUACCAGAGAUGAACAGUGUCCGUCUAAUGCGGUUUGUAGAGAUACAAAAUGCGUGAAUCCAUGUUUGGCAUCCAGAGACUCUAUGUGUCCGAAGGGAAAGCAAUGUGAAGUUGUCGAGCACCGAGUGAUGUGCGUUUGCGUCGAAGACUGUCAUCCAUCAGUUUCUAUAUGCUUAAGAGAUAAUGGAUGCCCUCAGAAUUUAGCUUGCAGAGAUUUUCAAUGUAAAGACCCAUGCAAUGGCGCAUGCGGAGAUGCGCCUUGCUCAGUUGAAGAUCACCACCCUGUUUGCAAGUUUUGCCCAACUGGAUUCAUACAUGACGAAAAGCAUGGCUGUAUCAAAGCGUUAGGAUGCAGCGCCCAUGAGCAAUGUGCUUCGGGACUUGCGUGCAUUGAAGGUCGUUGCUCAGACCCAUGUGCUGGUGGCGGCCCUUGUGCUGCAGGUCACCACUGUGCUAUUGUUGACCAUCAACCAGUUUGCUCUAAAGUAUGUCAGUGCCAAACAUCAUCGGACUGCGCAAGAUAUCCCAGUACCAAAUGCGACGGAUGUUCUUGUAUACGGGAAGAUAAGGUAUCUACGAACUGUGCUCACUGUCGACCAGGGGUACCUUGCGAUCCGUUUUCUGGAGCCUGCAUGGAGAAUGCUCGGCCUAUAGUUAUCCCACUAACCGAAACAAACUCCGAUACUGCUACAGUUACAGGAAGUGAAUCGAGUACUAAUGACUUGACCGACAUGACUUCUUACACAAUGUCAAACUAUGAAACUAGCACUGAAUCAAUUAGUACUAUGACUACUAAUGCCUUUACGCUAACGGAUUAUAUGACUGAGACACAUAAAAACACUAUUUUGCAAGAGAGUCCUUCAGAUUCCACUGAAAACUAUAAUAAAGUCACUAUUUCAUUCGGGCAAAAUACUAAUAGCAUUUUGACUUCUCUAGUCCCAGAAAAUUUAGAAAAAACUGAAACUGAUGAUGUUUCUCCUAAUAUUAUCAAUAUAACGACUACAGAAAAAUCUUUAAAACGAACUGAAACAAAUGGCACCCAUAAACGUGUUAAUGAGAAUAGAAAUACAAAGACGCCAGAAAAUCGAAGAAAUUUGCAAAACACCGAUGAAUCUAAUUUUAAAGUUUCUGUUACACCAUUAAUAAAUAUAAACACUACUAAUCCAAAUUUAAGUGACGUAACAACGGAAAGCAAAUAUAGCACAGAAAGAGGUGACCAAACCGCUGAAUUACCUGAAAUAUCAACUACUGAAUCUAUUUUAUCAACUUCAUUUGUUAGUUCUACACAAAAUUUGGAAACAAUUGAAAGUUCGACUAGUAAAGAAACAGCUUUUGAUAAUCCACCAUUAGAUGCAACAACUGAUAUAGUUUCAAAUACAAAAGAAGAAAACAUGAUAAAUAGCGCUGUUACCAUUUCUCCUGAAAGUCACCACGAUUCCACAAUGGAAGAAAAAAUUAACCCUAUAAUAUCUACGGUUUCAAAUAAAAUGGAAUACAGUAGCAGUAGUACUAAAAAUCCAACUUAUACUGUAUCUGAAUUGGGUAUGACAUCAUAUACAAAGAUUAUUCCGGAAACAACAAAAGUAAAUGAUUAUGAAACAAUCACUACAAUUACAGAAGAAAGUACUUCUGCAUAUGUUAAAACGGAACAAAAUAUGCUUAGCCAUUUUACUAUGAAUGUCACUACACCUCAUGUUUCUGAUAUCACAAAUGUUGAAAUAAAUGCUAAUACUCACAAUUACAAAGAUACGACGACAUCUGAUAUGAAUAAUGAAAUUGAUUUUAAGACAUCUAGUAGUACCUCUAAAGUUGAAUUAGGUACUGAAACAUAUAGUUCAUAUAAACCGGAACUUGAUACUGAUACAACAUAUUCUUAUGGUAAUAACAAACUUACAAAAGAUGACAAUGGAUUACAUUUAGAAGGUGGUUCUAUUAAGAAUACGAAUUUAAUAACAACGGAAAUUCCAACAGAAAUCAUUGUUAAGGAUGGUCAUAAGACAGAUAUAAGUUUUACCACUGAACCUUACAUCGACACCUCAGGUACGCAAUAUAAUGAAAAUCAACCCGAUAACGAGAUAACAACUUCUGCGUCCAAUACGAUAAUAAAAACAACAGAAGAAUUUAGCUCUGCAAGAGACAACGACACUAUGACAUCUAAUAAAGAUAACGAUGUAGGAAACAUAUAUUUCCACACAACUACUUCAAUAAUAAAUGAUAAAACUGAAACAGACGUGUAUUCGGAAUAUCAACAUGUAACAAAUUCUGAGAGAGAAAAUGUAGAUCAAGCACCUAGAAGUCCUACUACAGAGUACGAGGAAAAUACUUUGAUUGAAUCAAAUAAAAUUGAUACAACAACAGAAGUAUAUACGAAUACUAAAGAGAAUUCUGCGUCGCAAUCUGGUAUUGAUGUUACAUCAAAAACCACGUUUGUAAACAGUCCUACGAGUACAGAAAGUAUCUACUCACAAAGUAUUACUAAUUCAGAAACGAACACCGAAACACAGAGUUCGUCUAAAUUGGAUGUGACAAGUGAUAUUUACUACACUUCAGAAAAGGCAGAAUACUCUACAACUUCUACUUAUAGAAACGAUCUCCAUCCUGGUAUUUCAACGUCCUCUCAAUAUUCAUUUGAAAAUACAACACCAUUAGUAAAUAUUCCCACAAAUACGGACAACGAUGCUACUAUUGCAUCCUUAGUCACAACUGAAGAAGUUAAUCUAAACAACCAUAACGAAAUUGAAAGUGGUAUAACUACUAAGCGGUAUAGUGAACCUUCAACGGAGAGUACUCAAACUGUAGUAGAUCUUAAAGAUAUAAGCAAUACCCCCGAUUUUUUGUCAACUUUACAUACCAACAAUCCUUUAGUACUAUACACGACUAUACAAGACGAUCAUAUGCAACAGACUUCAACAACUUCGCAUACUAUUCAAUUGAUAAACCAUACUAAUGAAGAAACUGCAACAAGGGAAAAUAUAGAUUACUCCACGACUGAAGUUAAUUUUUCGGUAGAUCUAAAUGAAGAAAGUUUAGCAACGUCGCAAUACAGCAGUGUUAAUAUGAAUAACAUUGAAACAAGAACCAACACAUAUGAAACCGACGAAGCAUCUUUAACUAACACAGAAAAUAGUAAUAAAAUUACAACACCACAAUAUGUAUUGUCCAAACAAGAAAAUAACGAAGUGAUAACUCAAACUCCUGCUAACACUUUAAGUACAGAGACAACAAUAGAAAAUGCAUUUGACCAUACGUCGUAUGAUACCACUAAUAUAGAGGCUACUGCGACAACACAAGACAAAACCCUUUUAGAAACAACUGUCAUGGACGAGGAUAAUAUGAUUCAAACUAAACCCACCACUAAUAGUGAUAAUCAAAAACCAAUAAUUAAUCAAGAAAAUGUCACACCAAACAGUAUCAAAGAAUUUACAAACACUUUAGAAUUACCUACCAGUACUACGAGCUAUGAAUCUAUAUCAUAUAAAGAUCAAGAAUAUGAAACAACUACUGGCGGCAAUCUUGUUCAAUUUACUGCGUCUGAUAGUGUUGUAACAGAUAAAGAAGCUAAUAAUACAAACAUAGAAUAUAAUAAUAAUCAACCCAUUCAAACUACGCAAAAUUAUGAAGCGACUACAAAUGGUCAAAAUUUCUUGCAACCAUCUAAUAACAAUACAAUCGAAAUAGAUGUUACGACUGAAAUCACGACAGGAUACCUUGAAAUUUCUCAAAAAACGAAUUUUGAAACGACUACAGGUUAUCUAAAAGAAUACAACGUUACUGAGGCAAAUGCUAACACAAAAGAUACGACUGAGAUAGAAAAUUCUUCCUCAACGGUGACCCAAGCUACAAUUUUACAACAAACAUAUCAUUCAACAUUGUCUGAACCAUAUCCAAAUACGAAUGAAUUGCAAACAAACACUCAAAGUGACACAAUGAUCGAGUCCAAUAUCGAAACAACUACAUACACAUCUCAUUUCAUGCCAGGAAAAAACAAAUAUCCAUCAACAAUCUCAGCUUCUUUUAAUUCAUUUUCCGAUAAUCUAUCAUCUAGACAAAAAGACACAGACAUUUCUGCGUGGACAGACACGACUUUUUCUACCGAAAGUACUUCGACUAAUACUUACAACGAUGUAACAGAACAUAUUGACUGUACUGUUGACGGUGACUGUGUUGUAAAUAAAGCUUGUCUCAAUGGAACAUGUCAAAAUCCGUGCGAGGCGCUGAACCCAUGUAUAAAGAAUGCUACCUGUAAAGUACACGACCAUGUCGCUGUUUGCGAUUGUGACGACGCGGCCAGGAACUGCUUCAGAGAAUCACCUGGGACACCUAAAGCGCCAGAGCCAUGUCAUUCCGAUCGGGAUUGUAUAGAAACUGAAGCCUGUUUUAUGGGGUUAUGUCAAAACCCUUGCGAAUUUGACAAUGUGUGUGGAACCGGAGCUAAUUGCCAUCCCGUAAAACAAAGGCCUAUGUGCUCAUGUCCAGCCGGUCAUGAAGGAGAUCCAGCUGUUAAAUGUUCACCUAAAAUAUCCGGUUGCACUCGAAACGAAGAAUGUCACUUGACGGAAGCUUGUAUAAAUAAUGCAUGUCAACAUCCAUGUGCCAUACACAACCCGUGCGCACCUAACGCUGUCUGUAUAAACACGAACCACGGUUCAGAUUGCAGCUGCGCCGAAGGAUAUCAGGGGAACGGAUAUGUUGGAUGUGUUCCAGUAAUUGAAUCCCAUUCAGUGUGCCAAUAUAAUGAAGACUGUCCACCGGAGCUACUGUGUGACCGAUUAAAUAGAGUAUGUAUCAAUCCUUGCGCUGUCAAUACAUGUGGUGAUAAUGCCGAGUGUUAUCCAUUUAACCACGGCAUUCAAUGUAAAUGUUUAGCUGGUUUUACUGGAAAUGCCUUCCUAGAAUGCUUCCAAGUGCAAGGGUGUCGGUCAGAUAAUGAGUGCGCAAAUAACGAAGCUUGUAUAAACGGGAAAUGCGAUUCACCAUGUAGAUGCGGUGUAAAUGCCGUUUGUGAUGUUCUAAACCACCGCGCUUCGUGCAAAUGCUUAAAUGGCUUUUCUGGAAAUCCUUCGAUUGGAUGCGAGCCGCCACAAAAUCCAUGUAUACCAAGUCCUUGUGGCACCGAUGCGUUGUGUGAAAAUGACCAUGGAAAUCCGAUUUGUUUCUGUCCAAAAGGAUUAACUGGCAACCCAUUCAAAAAUUGCAUUCCCGAAGGAAAUGAAUGUGAGCCUAAUCCGUGUGGACCAAAUACCGGGUGCAGAAUCAUCGACGAUAAGCCGGCUUGCUUCUGCUUACCAAAUUAUGAGGGUAACCCACCCCGUCAACCUUGUCAACUACCCAAUAAUCCAUGCAAUCCAUCGCCAUGUGGGCCCAACACUCAAUGUAGUAUUCUUCCUAACGGUUUUGCCAAAUGCACGUGUUUAGUCGGCUAUGUUGAAAGUCCUAAUACUGUACGAGGUUGCAUUGAAGCGAGGAACCCCUGUGAACCAAACACUUGUGGUAUCGGCGCUCGAUGUGAUCCAAAUAGAACUCCUGCUUGUUAUUGUCCAGAAAAUACUAUAGGCAAUCCGUAUAAGUCAUGUAAUCAUCAGUAUUAUUUACCACCUGAAGUGUUGUGUAAACCGGGAAAAUGCGGAAGUAACGCAGACUGUUACGUGAGUAGCAACACGGAAAUGUGUUUCUGUAAAGCUGGUUUCAUUGGUGAUCCCUACAUUGGCUGUCAACCUCAAAGAAACCCAUGUAGUCCAAAUCCAUGUGGUCCUCAGGCUAUUUGUAACGUGAAUUAUGAAGGACAAGUGUCAUGUAUAUGUCCAGAAGGCAGUACAGGAGACCCCUACAGUUUAAGUGGUUGUACUUCAAGAGAAUGUGAAAUAGACGAUGAAUGUCCAUUAAAUAAAGCUUGUAUAGGAUACACUUGUCGCGACCCUUGUCCUGGUGUUUGCGGUAUAAACGCAAGGUGCCACGUAGAAUCUCACCAUCCUGUAUGCAUUUGCGAAGAUGGAUAUGAAGGAAAUCCACUUAUAUGUUGCUUACAGCCAGAGAGCCAAAAAUUCAAUAACCCUUGCGCUAAAACUCGUUGCGGUAUUAAUGCCAUUUGCCAAGAUAUUGGAGAUAAAGCCAUUUGUUCAUGCCCACCUGAUUUUCAUGGGGAUCCUCUAAAAGAAUGUAAACCACAGUGUAUUAUGAAUUCAGACUGUUCUUCGGGUGAAGCUUGUAUUAACAGUCAGUGUAUCGACCCAUGUACGAGCAGUAAAAUAUGUGGAAUUAAUGCAGUCUGCCUGUGUUCAGACCACACGGUUUCCUGUUUAUGUCCUGACGGUUAUAUCGGAGACCCGUUGAUACAAUGUUUAUAUCGACCUAUAAUUAUAACUCCAGACAACACCACGGUUCAACCAUGUUCGCCAAACCCAUGUGAUACAAAUUCAUACUGCGAUACUUACGGGGAUAAAUUUGCUGUUUGUGAUCUUUGUGUUGGACCUAACUCCUUAAAUAAUCCUGCCUGCAGACCCGAAUGUCUUUUAAGUUCAGAUUGUACAUUUGAUAAGGCCUGUAUACGAAACCGAUGUGUAGACCCUUGCGCUGGCUCUUGUGGACUCAACGCCGAGUGUACAGUUUAUCACCACGAUCCUCUUUGUCGUUGCAAGACUGGUUUUGAAGGAAACCCAUACGAAAAUUGCAAAAUAAUAACUCAAGUUAUCCAACCAGAAAUGUGUAAUAAUAUGCAAUGUGGGCCUAAUGCGGUUUGUGACGACACAAGAGGAGCUUUGACAUGUAAAUGUCUACCUAACUUCUAUGGAAACCCCUACAUUUCUUGCAGGCCCGAAUGUGUUGUUAACAGUGAUUGUAGUUCAGAGAAGGCUUGCCUAAAUAAUAGGUGUGAAAACCCCUGCAAAGAUAUUUGUGGUAUAGGAGCACAAUGUGAAACAGUAAACCACCAUGCCGUUUGCUAUUGUCCACCAAACCUAACAGGUGAUCCCUAUGUAAGAUGUCAAACUCAACAUAAUAUACCAUCGACUUUAUCAAUAUGUGAUCCUUCGCCUUGCGGAGCAUACAGCCGUUGUUUAGUAUCUGAAACCGGUUUUGCUGUGUGUUCGUGCUUGCCAGGAUAUAAGGGAAUACCACCCAUGUGUCAACCUGAAUGUGUCAGCAAUUCUGACUGUACCCAAAAAGAAACGUGUGUUAACCAAAAGUGCGUAAAUCCAUGUCAAGGAAGCUGUGGCGUGGGUUCUGAUUGUAUCGUAGUAAACCAUAAUCCUAUAUGUAGUUGUGGACCUGGAGCAACGGGAGAUCCAUUUGUGGCUUGUACAGCUUUUGCAGAAAGUACUCCAAGCGAAAGAAAUCCAUGCCUACCAUCGCCUUGCGGACCAAACUCAGUGUGUGAAAUAAGAUCAAAUCACCCCGUGUGUUCCUGCCAACCGAAUUAUUCAGGAACUCCACCGUAUUGUCGACCAGAGUGUGUAAUAAGUCAAGAGUGCCCGCCGAAUCAAGCAUGCAUUAAUGAAAAAUGUAGUGAUCCAUGUGCAGAUGCGUGUGGUAAUAAUGCAAAAUGUGAUGUUAUCAACCACACACCGUUAUGUAGCUGUCACGAAGGGUUUAAAGGAGAUGCGUUUAUAGGAUGUGUCGCAAUAAUAAAAGAUGAAACUAUAUCGCCCUGCAACCCAACGCCAUGCGGGGAAAAUACUAUCUGUACCGUAAUAAACAAUGCAGCUCGUUGCUCCUGUAUUCCACCAAACAUAGGAAAUCCAUACGCCGGAGGAUGUAGACCGGAAUGUAUAUUAAACUCUGACUGUCCAAAUCAUUUUGCAUGUUUGUCUAAUCACUGUCGAAAUCCAUGUAAAGAUUUAUGUGGUCUCAAUGCUGAGUGUGUAGUAACGAAUCAUGUUCCAGUGUGUACUUGCUUUAAAGGAUACCAGGGUGAUCCAUUUACAUCUUGUAGACCAGAAUAUAAAACAAAUACUCCAUUCAAUCCUUGUGAACCGUCUCCGUGUGGGCCACACAGCGAUUGCCAUGUUGUUAACAACCGUGCAGCAUGUUCCUGCCGCGCCGGAUACCUGGGUGCUCCUCCAGCCUGUAGACCAGAAUGUGCAGUUAACUCGGAUUGUCCUCCAACUAAAGCGUGUAUCAACCUUAAAUGCAAAGAUCCCUGUGUCAAUAGCUGUGGACUCGAUGCUCGAUGUCAUGUAGUUGGGCACAACCCUAUUUGUACUUGUCCUGAAAACUUCCCCGAAGGGGACCCUUUCAUUAAAUGUUAUAGAAAGAGCAUUUCGGCACCAGCGCCGGACCCGUGUCUACCAUCUCCUUGCGGACCACACUCGACGUGCCGCAACGAAUAUGGACGUGCCGUAUGCGCCUGUGAGCCAGGGACGUUGGGCGCUCCACCAGCUUGCCGCCCGCAGUGUCUCAUCAAUCAAGAUUGUCCCCUCUCUCUUGCAUGUCUUAGCGGAAACUGUAUCAAUCCCUGUGUGGGCUCGUGUGGUUUUAACGCGAAGUGUACCGUACAAAACCAUCAGCCCAUAUGUUCCUGUGACGAAGGCUACUCUGGGGAUCCGUUUGCUGGCUGCAAUCCACACGAGAUAUCUAAGGAAGUCCCUAGACAACCAUGCAAUCCUUCACCUUGCGGCCCUAAUGCACUAUGUCGCGAAAGGAAUGGUGCCGGUGCAUGUACUUGUAUAGACGCAUUCUAUGGGGAUCCGUAUCAGGGUUGUAGACCGGAAUGUGUAAUGAAUACAGAUUGUGCGACCGACAGAUCUUGCUUUAACAAUAAAUGUGUAGAUCCUUGUCCGGGCACUUGCGGGCGAAAUGCUGAAUGUAGAGUGAUCAAUCAUGCACCUUCGUGUUACUGCUUAAACGGAUAUUCUGGAAAUCCUCUUCAUGCAUGCACUCUUAUAAUAACUAUUCAGGAACCUGUCGAUCCUUGCCACCCUUCGCCCUGUGGCCCAUAUAGUAAAUGUCGUACGUUUAACGGUCACGCUGUUUGUACGUGUCUUGAUAUGUGUGUGGGUUCCCCACCGAAUUGUCGACCUGAAUGUAUUGUGAGUUCCGAUUGUCGACCGAACAAAGCGUGUGUUAAUCAGAAAUGCCAAGACCCUUGUCCGGGCACUUGCGGCAUUAACGCAAACUGUCAUGUUGUGAACCAUAAUCCAGUCUGCAGUUGUUACAACGAAUAUACGGGUGAUCCAUUUGUAAGGUGUUACUUGGAAGACAAACAAAUGACGCCUAUAGACAAUUGCUCGCCGAAUCCAUGUGGACCACAUUCCCAGUGUAAAGACGUAAAUGGGUUACCGCUAUGCUCCUGUCUAAACAAUUAUAUAGGACGUCCUCCGAAUUGUCGACCGGAAUGUACGAUAAAUUCUGAAUGUCCUGGUAAUUUUGCAUGUAUAUCAGAAAAAUGUAGCGAUCCAUGCCCGGGCUCUUGUGGAAUGCAUGCCUCAUGCAACGUUGUAAAACAUAUUCCUAUAUGUACAUGUGAUAUUGGUUAUACAGGCGAUCCUUUCUCUGGUUGCUAUCUGACACCAAUAAUUGAACCGCAAUUAGAGAAUCCAUGCUCUAGAUCACCCUGUGGGUCCAAUGCUGUGUGUAAAGAAAGACACGGGGCCGGAUCUUGUUCUUGUUUGCCAGAUUAUUAUGGUGAUCCGUAUGUCGAAUGUCGGCCAGAAUGUGUUCUAAAUUCUGAUUGUCCAAAAGAUAAGGCGUGCAUUAAUAAUAAAUGUAAAGAUCCGUGCCCCGGAGUGUGCGGCAUGAACGCCGAAUGUCGAGUUAAUAAUCAUGCUCCGUCUUGUGCAUGCUUCCCUGGAUAUGAGGGAAAUCCAUUUACCUCCUGUUAUCUGAGCCAAAUAGAAAAACCCGUAGAACCGUGUUCUCCGUCGCCAUGUGGUCCCAACAGUGUUUGUCGUGUCAGUCAUGGACAUGCUAUUUGUGCGUGUCAAGAAGAUUAUUUCGGAUCUCCCCCUUCUUGUCGUCCCGAAUGUAUGGUCAGUAGUGAUUGUAUGCCAAACAAAGCAUGUAUUAACAAAAAAUGUGUUGAUCCUUGUGUCAGCGCUUGUGGAAUAGAUGCGAGAUGCAACGUGGUCAACCACAAUGCUUUGUGUAGCUGCCCCCAAAACUAUAUCGGAGACCCGUUUAUAAAGUGCAUAUUUGAACAACGCCCGGAGCCAAAGCCUUCUCAAAAUCCGUGUAUCCCAUCUCCGUGUGGACCACAUUCACAGUGUCGUGUAGUUGGCGAAACUCCCGCUUGUUCAUGUAAACCUGGCUAUGUAGGACGAGCUCCGAAUUGUCGCCCAGAAUGUAUUUACGACGAAGAAUGUCCAAGUAACCUUGCUUGUAUACGAGAAGCAUGUACGAGCCCUUGCGAUGGCUCUUGCGGUGCCCACGCAGAUUGUACUGUGAUCGCCCAUAAAGCUGUUUGUCAUUGUCAGGAAAGCUACACAGGGGAUCCUUUUAGUGGUUGCUAUUUUAUAGUAACUGUUGCUAAUGAAUACGAAAGUCCAUGUGACCCAUCGCCAUGUGGCCCCAAUUCAAUUUGUACUGAGAAGAAUUCAGCUGGAGCUUGUACCUGUGUACCUGGCUACUUCGGAGAUCCGUAUAUGGGGUGCCGUCCAGAAUGCGUUACAAACAAUGAUUGUCACUUAGACCAAGCGUGCACAAAUAAUAAAUGCACGAACCCUUGCGAAGGCGCUUGCGGCAUGAAUGCAAUUUGUAAUGUAGCCCAUCAUACACCUGUUUGCCUAUGUACUGAUGGUUACACAGUUCCUUCGGAGAUUAAUCCAUGUUCUCCUUCGCCUUGCGGUCCAUAUAGUAACUGUAAAGUGAUAGAUGGACAUGGCGUAUGCUCUUGUCAAGGAGGUUAUAUUGGCUCACCUCCCAUGUGUAGGCCGGAAUGUGUUAUAAGUACAGAUUGUCCACAACACCAGGCUUGUAUUAAACAAAAGUGCAAAAAUCCAUGUGAAGGGACAUGUGGUAUUAAUGCAAAAUGCCAAGUGAUAAAUCAUAAUCCUAUCUGCACUUGCAAGCCAGGAUUUACUGGUGACCCGUUUGUAACUUGCCAACUCGAACCAAAGCUUAUUCUUCCGGUACCUAAGGGAAAUCCAUGUAUACCAUCGCCGUGCGGUCCUUAUUCACAAUGUAAAGUAGUAGGAGAAGCGCCUGCAUGUUCAUGCUUACCGAAUUACAUCGGUGUUGCACCAAAUUGUAGACCUGAAUGUUCUAUCAAUGCUGAAUGUCCUGGUAACUUUGCAUGUCAAAACGAUAAAUGUGUAGAUCCAUGUCCGGGAUCUUGUGGCUUCAACACUGAUUGCAUUGUUGCGAAUCAUGUUGCAUUAUGCCAUUGUACACCGGGAUAUACUGGUGAUCCAUUCAGUGGAUGUUCAAUCAUUGAACAUGCUCCAGAACCGCCGCCGAACCCGUGCAAUCCGUCACCAUGUGGCGCAAAUGCUAUAUGUAAAGAACGAAACGGAAUCGGUUCUUGUUCCUGUCUUCCGGAAUACUUUGGCGACCCCUACACAGGCUGCCGUCCAGAGUGCGUAUCCAACUCGGAUUGUGACAGAAAUAAGGCUUGUUCAAACAAUAGAUGUCGGGAUCCAUGUCCGGGUGCUUGCGGUAUAAAUGCAGAAUGUAGAACUGUCAAUCACGCUCCUACAUGCACUUGCCUUACGGGAUAUACAGGAAACCCACUAACGAGAUGUGAAAUACAGAUAAUACCUGAUAAAGAUGAGCCGCAAUCAAAUCCGUGUCAGCCAUCUCCAUGUGGCCCUAAUAGCUUAUGUCGUGCAGUUAACGGUCACAGUGUGUGUACAUGUGAACUGGGAUAUAUUGGUACGCCACCUACCUGCCGCCCUGAAUGCAUCGUUAGUUCUGAAUGUCCUCAAGAUAAAGCAUGCGUCAAUAAGAAAUGUAUAGAUCCGUGUCCAAACACAUGUGGAUUAAAUGCUCGCUGCCAAGUAGUUACACAUAAUCCAAUAUGCAGUUGCACUCCUGGAUAUACUGGUGAUCCGUUUACUAAAUGCACUUUUGAAGAAAGAACGAUACCAACGAAUCCUUGUGAUCCGUCACCGUGUGGACCAAAUUCUGAAUGUCGAUUGAUUGGAGAUCAAGCCGCGUGUUCCUGUUUGCCCAAUUACAUCGGAAGAGUACCGAACUGUCGACCAGAAUGCUCUAUCGAUGCCGAGUGUCCUAGCAAUGCAGCUUGUAUCAACGAACGCUGUACUGAUCCAUGCCAGAACUCAUGUGGCUUGAACGCUUUAUGUUUGACAGUCAACCAUAAACCUGUUUGUAAUUGCCAGCAAGGGUUCACUGGAGAUGCAUCCAGGAACUGUGUGCAAAUCGUUAUUUCGUCAACGGAAAUGACACCAACAUCAAGCCCCUGUACACCGUCACCAUGUGGCCCGAAUGCUGAAUGUCGCGAAUACAAUGGGGCUGGAGCGUGCUUCUGUUCGGAAGGUUACGAGGGUGAUCCAUACGGUAACCAAGGCUGUAGAAGAGAAUGUGAAAACAAUGAUGAUUGUCCAGCAAACUUAGCUUGUACUAGAUACAAAUGUAUUGACCCUUGUCCAAGGACUUGCGGGCAAUUAGCUCAAUGCAUAGUUGAAAAGCAUAUACCAGUGUGUACUUGUCCGCGCGGCUAUACAGGAGAUCCAUUCUUCCAAUGCAAACAAAUUGUUUUGGAUCAUAUUCCACCAUCGAAUCCCUGUGAACCUACACCUUGCGGACCAAACAGCCAAUGUAGACAAGUAAACAUGCAAGCUGUGUGUUCAUGUUUACCAAACUAUGUAGGAUCACCACCUGCUUGUAGACCGGAAUGCGUUGUAAACAGUGAAUGUGUUUUAUCAAAGGCUUGUAUCAAUCAGAAAUGUGAUGAUCCUUGUCCAAACACCUGUGGACUGAGAGCCCACUGCCAAGUUAAAAAUCACAACCCUAUUUGUACAUGUCCUGCCGGCAUGACUGGCGAUCCAUUCACACAAUGCUAUCAAAUUCCACCAACUACUACAGAACGUCCACCAUCAUGUACACCUUCACCGUGCGGUCCCCAUUCACGUUGUCAAUUAUUGUCAAGUGGCCCAGCAUGUUCAUGUUUACCUGGCUAUGUGGGAUCACCACCAUCUUGUCGCCCAGAGUGCACAAUAAAUUCUGAAUGUCCAGCUUCAUUGGCUUGCGUCCGACAGAAAUGUGAAGAUCCGUGUCCAGGAUCAUGCGGAGUAGAGGCGAAUUGUCAUGUUUUAAAUCACGUAGCCGUUUGUGUUUGCAAUGAUGGAUUUACUGGUGAUCCAUUUUCAAAGUGUUCACCGAUCAGCGAAGCCCCAACGACGCCAAUACCACAAGAUCCGUGUAACCCAUCGCCCUGUGGACCUAAUGCUAAAUGUGAUAAUGGCUUCUGUACAUGUUUACCAGAAUAUCAAGGAAAUCCUUAUGAAUCAUGUCGCCCAGAAUGCACGGGAAGUCAAGAGUGUCCAAGGGAUAAAGCUUGUUUCCGGAAUAAAUGUCAAGAUCCUUGUCCCGGAGUCUGUGGUCAAAAUGCUAAAUGUGACGUAAUAAAUCAUAUCCCAAGCUGUUCAUGUAUUACCGAUUAUACAGGGAAUCCGUUUACUCACUGUCAACCAAUGGAAAGAGAGAAAUCGCCGCCAAGAGAUCCUUGCCACCCCUCACCAUGCGGACCAAAUAGUAUUUGUAAAACGGUAGACAACACAGCCGUUUGUGCCUGUAUUGAAGGAUACCAAGGCUCGCCACCAGGAUGUAGACCAGAGUGUGUCGUAAGCUCAGAAUGUCCCUCAACAAAGGCUUGCGUUAGUCAAAAGUGUGUUAACCCGUGCAUAAACGCGUGUGGUCUUCUAGCAAGAUGUGAAGUUAUAAAUCAUAGCCCUAUCUGCAGUUGUAAUCCAGGCCAGACUGGAGAUCCAUUUAAGAGCUGCUUUGAUAUUGUUAUGACACCCAACGAAUCUGUGGAUUCAUGCAAUCCUUCACCGUGCGGUCCCAACUCAGUGUGUGUUGAGCGUAAUGGUAAAGCUAAUUGCAGAUGCGCUGACGAUUACAUUGGACAGCCACCAAAUUGUAGACCAGAGUGUGUAAUUAACCCUGAUUGUCCAUCUAAUCAGGCGUGUAUUAGAAACAAGUGCAUAGAUCCAUGUCCAGGUUCAUGUGGCAUUAAUGCGGAUUGUAUUAUUGUCAGUCAUACGGUGUCUUGUGCGUGUCGAGAAAAAUAUACUGGGAACCCAUUUUUACAAUGUGUUCCUCAAGAAGAACAAGUUAUUAAGCCUUGCGAUCCGUCGCCUUGUGGAAUGAAUGCUGUAUGCACUCAACGUGAUGGUGCUGGAGCUUGUUCUUGUUUGGAUGGAUACCAAGGAAAUCCAUAUGAAGGUUGUCGACCAGAAUGUGUAUUGAGUUCCGACUGUUCAGCUGAUAAAUCUUGCAUUCGCAAUAAGUGCACUGAUCCGUGUCCUGGAAUUUGCGGUAACUACGCUGAAUGUACCGUCGUUAAUCAUGUACCUACUUGUGCUUGCGUUAAAGGAUAUUCAGGCAACCCAUUCAUACAAUGUACUAGAGAAGAACCACCUGUAGAAAUUAGACCCUGUCAACCAUCACCUUGUGGUCCAAAUAGCGUGUGUCGGGAAAAUGGUGGUUUAGCGUCCUGUGAAUGUUUACCGGACUACAGGGGUGCACCACCAGACUGUCGCCCAGAAUGUACUGUAAGCAGCGAGUGUCCUCCAGAUCGUGCUUGUCAUAGGCUAAAAUGUGCUGAUCCAUGUAGAGGAACUUGUGGCAUUGGGGCUCAUUGUCAAGUAGUAAAUCAUAGCCCGCUCUGUAGCUGCCCGGCUGGUACCACAGGAGAUCCGUUCAGUAGAUGUCAAGAAGUCCAAUUUACUGAAGUAGAACAACCAUUAGAGCCAUGUUCUCCGAAUCCUUGCGGACCAUAUAGUGAAUGCAGACCAAUAAACGGUUAUCCUUCGUGUUCGUGUAAUGCUAACUAUAUAGGUACACCACCGAACUGCCAUCCUGAAUGUCUUGUUAAUACCGAUUGCCCUUCACACCAAGCGUGCAUAGCUGAAAAGUGUACAAACCCAUGCGAAGGUUCCUGUGGAUUUAGAGCGGACUGUCGUGUACAUGAUCAUAUUCCAAUAUGUAGCUGUCCCACAGGAUAUUCAGGAGAUCCAUUUAUACAAUGCGCGGAAGUAAUUGUAACAACACCGUCAACUACAGACCUAUGUAACCCAUCUCCGUGUGGAUCCAAUUCCAUUUGUGAGAACGGUGUUUGUUCGUGUUCGAAGGGAUACUUUGGAAAUCCAUACAUCGGAUGUCGAUUAGAAUGUUCAACGAACGGCGAGUGCUCGCCAACUCGCGCCUGUCAAGGUGGAAAGUGUUUAGAUCCUUGUCCUGGAGCAUGUGGAACUGGCGCUGUGUGUUCUGUAAACAACCACAUACCAUCGUGUACAUGUUCCGUAGGCACAUCGGGAGAUCCAUUUUCUUAUUGUACCGAGAUAGUGAGAGAAGAAGUGCCUCGUUCACCAUGCACUCCAUCACCAUGUGGUCCAUACAGCGAGUGUUCUGUAAGUGGCAAUGGUGCAGCAGCUUGCUCUUGCCGCGCCGGACAUAUAGGCUCCCCUCCAUCUUGCCGCCCAGAGUGUCUAGUUAGCUCUGAAUGUAAAUUACAAGAAGCGUGCAUAGAUCACCGCUGUCGGGACCCCUGUGAAGGAGCAUGUGGCCGUGGAGCCCGCUGCCAAGUUAUCGCACAUUCUCCAAUAUGCACAUGCAAUGACGGAUUUUCUGGUGACCCAUUCACUUAUUGCUCACCGAUACCUGCUACACCGCCAGUUGCGGUCAAUCCUUGUGAGCCUACGCCAUGUGGGCCAAAUUCGAUAUGUGUUAAAACAGGCGAUAUACCAGCAUGUAGCUGCCAACCUGGCUAUAUUGGGUCACCACCGAACUGUCGGCCGGAAUGUACUAUAAGUGCUGAAUGUCCGGCGGCGCUCGCCUGCGUCGCUCAGCGUUGUAAAGACCCUUGUCUACAAGCGUGCGGUGCGAACGCCGUAUGCUCAGUUGUGGAUCAUCGCGCCACAUGCGCUUGCGAACAAGGUUUUCAAGGGGAUCCGUUCCAGGGUUGCAUACCACCAAAAGCUCCUACCGCUGUUGAAUAUUUAAACCCAUGUGAGCCUUCCCCUUGUGGUGUAAAUGCGGAUUGUAAUGUACAAGGAAAGGCGGGAUCUUGCACAUGUCGCCCUGAUCAUUUCGGUGACCCCUAUCAAGGUUGCCGGCCAGAAUGUAUAGCGGACUCUGAUUGCUCCUUGAUGUCGGCUUGUGUUAAAAACAAAUGUGUAGAUCCAUGUCCGGGUGUUUGUGGACUUAACGCUGAUUGUUUUGUUACCAAUCAUAAACCCACAUGUAACUGCCGAGUUGGUUUCACUGGGAAUGCGUUAGUGAUGUGUUCUCUUAUUCAAGGUGAUAUUUCCAUAAACGUCUGUAAUCCCUCUCCGUGUGGCUUAAAUGCUAAUUGCAAAGUAAUAAACGACCAGCCGGUUUGUUCAUGUCUCAGUAAUUAUAUUGGAGCACCACCUAACUGUAAGCCUGAAUGUAUUACCAAUUCAGACUGCAAAACCAAUCGGGCAUGCGUGAAUAACAGAUGUGCAAAUCCAUGCCCUAAACCUUGCGGUAGUAACUCAGAUUGUAAAGUUAUAAAUCAUAGUCCAGUGUGCUCCUGUCGCCAGGGAUACACGGGAGACCCAUUCGUCGCAUGUAACCGAAGACUACAAAUCGCAUUCUCAAUGAACGAAAACGUGGAUCCUUGUCUCUCAUCACCGUGUGGAUUAUAUGCGGAGUGUCGAAAUAUAAACGGUUUACCAUCAUGUUCAUGUUUACCUAACUACGUGGGUUCGCCACCGUUCUGUAAGCCCGAAUGUGUAGUGAACUCUGACUGUGCCAGUGAUAAGGCUUGCAUCUCCGAAAAAUGUCGAAAUCCUUGCGAAAGUGCAUGCGGUUUAUAUGCAGAGUGUUUUGUUAAUAGACACGUAGCUGUAUGCUUGUGCCCGCAAGGUUUUACAGGAGAUCCAUUUAAUGAAUGCAAACCUCAUACAAUCAAAGAUACACCAGUCACCCUAAGAAAUCCAUGCAAUCCCAGCCCAUGUGGGGCAAAUACUAGAUGCGAUAAUGGAAUUUGCACAUGCAUAACUGAUUACCACGGUGACCCAUUUGUGGGCUGCAGACCGGAAUGCUCGCAUAAUAUAGACUGCCCUCGGGAUAAAGGUUGUCAGCGUAAUAAAUGUGUCAAUCCGUGCAUAGGCACAUGCGGGCUAAAUGCUAUUUGUGAAGUUCAAAAUCAUAUACCGAUGUGCUCUUGUCCUCAUGGAAUGGCUGGAAAUGCUUUUGCAGAAUGCCGGCCUAUCAGUGUUACCAAGGAGAGCCCUUGCAGUCCUUCACCUUGUGGUCCGAAUAGUCAAUGUCAACAGUCUCAUGGUCAAGCAGUAUGUUCUUGUCUCGUGGGGUAUCGAGGAAGUCCUCCUAACUGCAGACCAGAAUGCGUGGUCAGUUUGGAGUGUCCUCUUAACGCCGCAUGUCAAAAUCAAAAGUGUAUAAAUCCAUGUGAGGGAGCGUGUGGUAUUGCUGCCAUAUGUGAAGUUAUCAACCAUAACCCAAUCUGUACAUGCCCUGCUUCAUUUACUGGUGAUCCGUUCAGAAAAUGUGAAGUCGUUGUGCAUGAACCAAUCCAAAUCAAUCCAUGUGAGCCCUCGCCUUGUGGACCAUAUUCAACAUGCAGAACCAAAGAUGGUGGCCCUAUUUGUGCUUGCCUUGACACAUACAUGGGAACUCCACCUCACUGUAGACCCGAAUGUAUAAGUAACAGUGAAUGCGAUCACAAUUUUGCGUGUAUUAAUCAGAAAUGUUCGGAUCCGUGUGAAGGAACAUGCGGUAUAAAUUCAGACUGCCGUGUAGUAAGCCAUUCUCCAGUAUGUUUAUGUCAAACUGGUUAUACAGGAGAUCCGUUUUCGCACUGUAGUAUAGAAGUUGUAUCUAUACCUAAUGAGAUCCUACACCCAUGUAAUCCCAAUCCAUGCGGUUCUAACGCGGUAUGUAGAGAACAAAACGGCAUAGGUGCUUGUCAAUGUGCCGAAGGAUAUAAUGGAAAUCCAUAUGAAGGAUGUAGGCCCGAAUGCGUCGUAGACACAGAUUGCCCGCUUAAUAAGGCUUGUUCUGGGAUGAAAUGCUUAGACCCAUGUCCAGGAAGUUGUGGUUCAAACGCUUACUGUAUUGUUAAUAAUCAUGUGCCAAAUUGUCUCUGCCAUACGGGCUACACUGGUAAUCCCUUCAGUUAUUGCAAUAUACUUCAAGAACCUCAAGUGUUGGAAAACGAGCCAUGCAAUCCAAACCCAUGUGGUGCAAACAGUCAAUGCAAAGUAGUAAAUGGACAAGGAGUAUGCUCUUGUUUACCGUUAUUUAGUGGCUCACCACCCUAUUGUCGUCCUGAAUGCGUCUUGAGCUCUGAAUGUCCACCUCACUUGGCAUGCAUUAACCAAAAAUGUUCAGAUCCUUGCAUAGGCAGCUGUGGUGAACGAGCUAGAUGUAAUGUCAUAAAUCAUAGCCCUAUCUGCGUUUGCAAUCAAGGUUUAACGGGAAAUCCAUUUACCAGAUGCUAUCCAAUGACAAUUUUACCUCCGCCGGAUAAGCAACAACUCUCCGAUCCAUGUUUAUCUUCACCUUGUGGUCUUUAUGCUACAUGUCGGAAUGUUGGAGGCGUUCCAUCUUGUGCUUGUGAACUAAACUACAUAGGAUCACCUCCUAACUGCCGCCCGGAAUGUAUAAUGAAUUCAGAAUGCCCUAGUGAUCAGGCUUGUAUUAAUGAAAAAUGUCAAAGUCCGUGCCUGGGUGCUUGUGGACUUAACGCACAAUGUACAGUAUUUAAUCACAUCGCGCAGUGCAGUUGUUUAGAUCAAUUUACCGGGGAUCCAUUCUUUGAGUGUCGUUUGCAGCCUCAAAAAGAUGAAAUAACGGAAUUAGACUUGUGCAACCCGUCUCCUUGUGGUCCAAACGCCGAAUGCAAUGAAGGCAAAUGCACUUGUAUCCUAGAUUAUCAAGGUGACCCAUAUUUCGGUUGUAGGCCAGAAUGUCUCAUGAGUAGCGAUUGUCCACACGACAAAGCGUGCUUCAAGAGUAAAUGUGUUGAUCCUUGUCAGAAUACCUGCGGUCGCCAAGCAAUCUGCAAUGUUGUAAACCAUAUUCCCAUGUGUACUUGUUUACCUAAUCAUACUGGAAAUGCCUUCGUUGAUUGUAGACCAGUUGCAAUUAUUGAAAACAUAAAACCCUGUCAACCAUCUCCGUGCGGGCCGAACAGUCAAUGCAGAGAAAUCAAUGGCCAGGCGAUUUGUACAUGUUUACCGGGCUACAGAGACGCGCCUCCAACUUGUCGACCUGAAUGUGUGACUAGUUCUGAAUGUGCAUUGAACAAGGCGUGUUCGGGCCAAAAAUGUAUCGACCCCUGUAAUGGAAAUUGCGGUGUGGGGGCAUUGUGUCAAGUUAUAAACCAUAAUCCUAUUUGUUCAUGCCCAACUGGAUUUACUGGUGAUCCAUUUACCAAAUGUUUAUUAAAAGAAAACGAUGAACCUUCUUACGUCAAUCCGUGUCUGCCAUCACCAUGUGGACCAAAUUCCAUUUGUCAAGAGAUUAGCGGGUCUCCGUCUUGCGCGUGUCAAGAUAAUUACCUAGGAAGUCCACCGAACUGUAGACCAGAAUGUAUAGCCAAUUCUCAAUGUCCCAAUGAAAUGGCAUGCAUAAACGAAAAAUGUAAAGAUCCCUGUCCAGGGUCUUGUGGAACAGGAGCAGAGUGUAAAGUCGUAAGUCACGCACCACAGUGCUACUGUCCACCAAGUUUUACUGGUGAUCCAUUUAUAAAUUGUGUGAAGAUAGAUGUACCACUCACGCCUUGUUCGCCGUCCCCAUGUGGCCCUAACGCCAUUUGCAAAGAAUUUAAUGGCGCUGGGUCAUGCGUAUGCGUUCCUGAGUAUAAUGGAAACCCUUACGAAGGCUGUCGGCCAGAAUGUGUCGUUAAUUCGGACUGCUCUUCUAACUUGGCAUGUAUUCAAAAUAAAUGCAGAAAUCCCUGCAACAAUGUGUGUGGACGGAAUGCUGUUUGUAAUGUAGUUAAUCAUAUACCGAAAUGUGAAUGUCUAUCUGGUUUUGUUGGAAGUCCAUAUCAAGAGUGCACCGUAAAACUGAAAGAAGAAAUAACGCCGCAGAAAAAUCCUUGUUUACCUUCCCCUUGUGGUCCGAAUAGUAUUUGUAAAGAAUCUAAUAAUCAGGCUGUAUGUACCUGUAAAACAAAUUAUAUUGGCUCCCCGCCAUCAUGCAGACCAGAAUGUCUCGUUAGCUCAGAAUGUCAACAAAAUCAAGCGUGUAUAAACCAAAAAUGUAGGAAUCCAUGUGAAGGUGUCUGUGGGCUGGAAGCUGAAUGCAAAGUCAUAAACCACAGUCCCAUAUGUUCAUGUCCAACACAUUAUACCGGAGAUCCAUUUAAUCGAUGCUAUAGAGUUAUUGAAGCUACUGUAGCUGUUCAAACUGAUCCUUGCACACCGAACCCAUGUGGCUCAUUUUCACAAUGCCGCGAUAUUAACGGUGUACCAUCGUGUUCCUGCAUGCCACAAUACAUAGGUAGUCCACCUAAUUGUCGUCCAGAGUGUAUUAUUAAUACAGAUUGCCACAGUGACAAAGCUUGUAUCAAUGAAAAAUGCGUCGACCCUUGUCCUGGUUCCUGUGGAUUAAAUGCAGAAUGUAGAGUACAAAACCAUUUAUCUAUCUGUACGUGUAUCGACGGAUACAUUGGUGAUCCUUUCCAAAGUUGUGCGCUAAGACCACAAAAAGAUGUCACUUUGCGGGAUCCCUGCCAUCCUUCACCGUGUGGCGUAAACGCUGAAUGCAAUAACGGCAUUUGCACUUGUCUGCCCGAUCAUAACGGCGAUCCUUACUUUGAAUGUCGCCCUGAAUGUACCACCAGUUCUGAUUGCCCAAUGGACAAGGCAUGUGUUAGAAAUCGUUGCAUCAAUCCCUGCAAUAAUACAUGUGGCUUGAAUGCCGACUGUGGCGUUGUGAGUCAUAUGGCUAUUUGUACAUGUCCCCACAAAACGACUGGAAACGCAUUUUUAAGAUGCACCCCGAUUAGAGAAACCGUGAUUACAAAUCCGUGCGAACCAAGUCCAUGCGGACCUUACAGCCGCUGUACAGUGCAUAAUCAACAAGCGGUAUGCUCUUGUUUGUCCAACUAUAAAGGUGCACCGCCUAUGUGUCGACCAGAAUGCGUUAGCAGUUCUGAUUGUGCCCUUAACAGAGCUUGUAGUAAUCAAAAGUGCGUGAACCCUUGCGAAGGCGCGUGUGGUGUUGGAGCUAACUGCCAAGUGAUCAAACAUAAUCCUAUUUGUACAUGCCCAUCUGGGUAUACCGGGGAUCCUUUUUCGAGAUGUAUUAAUAUACCUAUAUCAGAACCAGCAGUCUAUAGCAAUCCUUGUCAGCCGUCCCCGUGUGGUCCCAACGCAAUAUGCCAAGAAUCUGCAACUGCUACUGCCACUUGCCAAUGCAUUCCUGGGUUCCUUGGAGCUCCACCAAACUGCCGACCGGAAUGUAUUUCGAAUAGUGAAUGUGCACCUUUGUUGGCCUGUAUUAAUAGAAAAUGUCAAGAUCCAUGUAAGCAAGCAUGUGGAACGAAUGCUGAUUGCCGCGUUGUAAGUCAUUCGGCUAUUUGUAUCUGUCUCGAAGGAUAUACAGGCGACGCAGCGGUGACAUGCACGAUCAACGCACUCACUCCAUUCGAGAAUAUAAACCCAUGUUCACCAUCACCGUGUGGAUCUAACGCAGAAUGUAUUGAGCGAGGCGGCAUAGGAGCAUGUAUUUGCUUAAACGGAUACUUUGGGGACCCGUAUGAAGCUUGUCGUCCCGAAUGUGUAGUAAAUUCUGACUGCCCAAGUAACAAAGCUUGUAAUAGAAACAAAUGUAUGGACCCAUGCCCCGGUACUUGCGCUGUAAAUGCGGAGUGUGAGGUUGUUAAUCACUUACCAAUGUGUACAUGCCCUGCGCAAUAUACUGGCGACCCGUUUAGGCACUGCGUGUUUAAUCAACGAGAUGAACUGCCAACAAAUCCGUGUGAACCCUCUCCUUGUGGACCGAAUAGCCAGUGUAAAGUUUCAAAUGGUCAAAGUGUCUGUUCUUGCUUACCUGAAUAUCAGGGAUCGCCACCAAAUUGCAGACCAGAGUGUGUAAUAAACGCAGAAUGUCCAGUAGACAAGACUUGCAAAAAUCGAAAAUGCGUUGCAUCGUGUCCUGGUCCUUGCGGACAAAACACCGACUGUAGAGCUAUAAAUCACAGCCCAAUAUGUACAUGUUCACCUUCAUAUACAGGCGAUCCAUUUUCUAGAUGUUACAAAAUUAUCGCAUCGCUAGAUGUUCAGCAAGUGAGAGAUCCGUGCUUGCCGUCACCUUGUGGACCAAAUUCUGUCUGCAAGACAAUUAAUAACUUACCGAGUUGUUCGUGUCUGCCAAGUUAUGAAGGAAGCCCACCUAAUUGUAGACCUGAAUGUACUAUAAACGAAGACUGUAACAGUAAUCUAGCUUGCAUUAAUCAAAAGUGCCGCGAUCCAUGUCCCGGUUCUUGCGGAAUUAAUGCCAAUUGCUUUGUUCAAAAUCAUGUGUCAAUUUGUAACUGUAGAGAAGGUUAUACUGGAAAUGCUUUUACUCAAUGUGUCCUUGCACCGCAAAAAGAUGUAACAAAAAUUGACUUAUGUAAUCCAUCGCCUUGUGGAACAAACGCCCAGUGCACGAACGGUAAAUGUAGCUGCCUGCAGGAUUUCCAAGGGGAUCCAUAUAGUGGUUGCCGUCCAGAAUGUACUCUUAGUACUGACUGUGAGCGCACUAAAGCCUGUAUAAGAAAUAAAUGUAAAGAUCCAUGUCCAGGCACUUGCGCUUCCAAUGCUCGAUGCGAAGUUGUCAAUCAUAUUCCGAUGUGCAGUUGUCCUGAUCGGAUGACCGGGAAUGCAUUCAUUGAAUGCACGUUAAUGUCUGAACCAAACAUUAUAAAUCCGUGCCAGCCUACUCCGUGUGGACCUAACAGUCAAUGCAAAGUUGUAAAUGGACAAGCUGUAUGUUCCUGUGCGCCAAACUCGGUAGGCAGCCCACCAGUAUGUCGACCCGAAUGUACAAUAUCGUCGGAGUGUCCGUUAGAUCAAGCGUGCACCAAUCAGCGAUGCACUAAUCCUUGCGAUGGCGCCUGUGGGGUUAAUGCUGAAUGUAGAGUUGUAAACCAUAAUCCGAUUUGUACUUGUCCCUCAUCGUUUUCUGGGGAUCCAUUUGCUCGAUGCUAUAAACUAUCUAACAAACCAAUGAAACCUAUUGACGUUUGCUCUCCAUCGCCUUGUGGGCCGAACUCCAUAUGUAAAAUCAUCAAUGAUGUUCCAUCUUGUACAUGUCUCGAGAAUUAUCGGGGACAGCCACCAUAUUGCCGACCUGAAUGUACCAGUAACGAAGACUGUUCACCACAGAUGUCAUGCUUUAAUAUGAAAUGCAUAAAUCCCUGCGAAGGGGCAUGUGGCACUAAUGCCGAGUGUCGAGUUGUUAGUCAUUCGCCAAACUGCAUUUGUUCCCAUGGAUAUAUUGGGGACCCAUUCUUCGAAUGUUCUUUGGAGCCAUUACGGGAAGAAAUAGUAACGAAACCAUGCUCGCCUUCUCCCUGCGGUUUUAAUGCCUUAUGCAAAGAAAGAAACAAUGCCGGCUCUUGCAGUUGUGUUGAAGGUUACCUUGGAAAUCCCUAUGAAGGUUGUCGGCCAGAAUGUGUAGUAAACACCGAUUGCCCAAGCAAUAAAGCUUGUUCCAAUAAUAAAUGUUUUGAUCCAUGUCCUGGUAGUUGUGGUUCCAAUGCGGUGUGUGUAGUCGUCAAUCAUGCACCACUUUGCACAUGCAUCAGCGGCUAUACUGGAGAUCCGUUCAGAAAUUGUGUUUAUCAAGAUCCGACACCGAUACAGCCCACUGAUGUUUGUUAUCCUUCACCCUGUGGGCCUAAUAGCCAAUGUAAAGUUGCAAAUAAUCAAGCUAUUUGUUCGUGUCUCCAAGAAUAUAUCGGAACACCGCCAAAUUGCCGCCCAGAAUGUGUCACUAGUUCGGAAUGCGUACAAGAUAGAGCAUGUAUUAAAAACAAAUGUACUGAUCCCUGCCUUAAUUCUUGCGGUAUGAAUGCAAAUUGUAAAGUCGUAAAUCACAGCCCCAUAUGUUCUUGUAAACAAUUUUAUACAGGAGAUCCCUUCACAAUUUGUACUCUUAUUCCUGUUGCAUCUCCUCAAGAAACGAGCGACCCAUGUAUACCGUCACCGUGUGGGCCUAACGCCUUAUGUCAAAGCCUCGGAACAUCUCCUAGGUGUACUUGCUUAGCAGAAUUUAUUGGAAGUCCGCCGAACUGUAGACCAGAAUGUACUAUACAUGCUGACUGCCCCAGUGACCUCGCUUGCAUCAAUUCCAAAUGCCGAGAUCCUUGUCCCGGUUCCUGUGUUGAAGCCACGGUCUCUGAUUCCUGUACCAAAGUGCAAUGUGGGGCAAAUGCCGAAUGCAUCAACGGCCACUGUCAAUGUUUGCCAGACUACAAUGGAGAUCCUUACUUUAAUUGCCGACCGGAAUGCGUUUUUAGUACUGAUUGUGACUGGAAUAGAGCGUGUGUACAAAAGAAGUGCAUUGAUCCGUGCGUAGAUGCCUGCGGUCAUAAUGCAGUUUGUCAAGUAAUCAACCACAUUCCUAUGUGUAGCUGCAGUGCUGGACAUACCGGCAACGCUUUUAUUGCAUGUUCUCCAAUAAAGGCGCAACCUCUAGAAAAUCCGUGUAAUACAGCCGUAUGUGGACCUAAUAGUCAAUGCAGAGUUAUAAACAAUCAAGCUGUGUGUUCUUGUUUACCAACAUACUUAGGUGUACCUCCCGCUUGUAGACCAGAGUGUGCUGGUAGUUCAGAGUGUCCUUUAAAUCAAGCUUGCAUGAAUCAGAAGUGUAUCAAUCCAUGUGUGGGUGCAUGUGGGGUUAAAGCUACAUGCGAAGUUAUCAACCAUAAUCCCAUAUGUGUCUGUCCCGAGAAGUACUCUGGUGAUCCAUUCGUUGCUUGUAGUUUAGUUCUGAAUACCGCUCCAUUUAUCGUGAACCCUUGCCAACCAUCCCCUUGUGGUCCGAACUCAGUUUGCCAAGAAAUUAACGAAAAUCCUUCUUGUACGUGUUUGCCUGGUUUUAAGGGUCAAGCGCCUUACUGCAGACCAGAAUGUAUCAGCAAUAGUGAAUGCUCACCUCAUUUAGCUUGUAAAAACCAAAAAUGUCAAGAUCCAUGCACACAAGUUUGUGGAGAAAACGCUCAAUGCCAUGUAGUGAGUCACGCUGCAAUGUGUGUGUGUCCAGAAGGAUUUGCGGGAGAUCCAUUCACCAGGUGUACAAUGCGUACUUCGAUAGAAAUAUUAAACCCAUGUUAUCCAUCACCGUGUGGUCCAAACGCCGUUUGUAGAGAACAAAACAAUGCGGGAGCCUGUAUAUGUAAUGAGGGUUUCUUUGGAAACCCAUAUGAAGGUUGUAGACCAGAAUGUGUCAGUGACUCUGAUUGCCCCGGAAAUAAAGCCUGUUUCAAUAGCAAGUGUCAAGAUCCUUGUCCGGGAUCUUGCGGAGUGAAUGCAGAAUGUACCACCGUGAAUCACUUACCUUCGUGUAAUUGUAUAACUGGUUACACUGGUGAUGCUACUCGACGAUGCAAUAUAAUCCCACUCAACUCACCGCAGCCUACUAACGUUUGCCAACCAAAUCCGUGUGGUCCAUACAGCCAGUGUAAAAAUAUCAAUGAUCAACCAGUAUGCAGUUGUUUGCCUAACUUUGUCGGAGAACCACCGAAAUGUAGAGCAGAAUGUUUACUCAAUUCUGAGUGUCCAUCAGAUAAAGCAUGUGUUAAUCAAAAAUGCGUCAACCCCUGCCUUGAGACUUGUGGGUCAAAGACUGAGUGUCGCGUCAUUCACCACAAUCCCAUAUGUAGCUGUCUACAAGGUUUCACUGGAGAUCCAUUUACAAGAUGUUACAAGAAACCAGUUAUCCAACCGCAACUUGUCGAGAAUCAAGAUCCAUGUUUGCCAAGCCCGUGUGGUGCAUACGCUAUUUGUCAAGUAAUUAAUGGACAGGCAUCCUGCUCGUGUACCCCAGGAUACUUAGGAAGUCCACCCAAUUGCAGGCCAGAAUGUGUUAGUAAUGAGGAUUGUGUUAGCUCUCUGGCCUGUAUAAAUGAAAAAUGUAAAGACCCUUGCCCUGGGGCAUGCGGACAGAACGCUCAAUGUACUGUCAACAGACAUUUGUCGAUUUGUUCAUGUUUCGACGGUUAUGUAGGGGAUCCCUUUACUGCAUGUCGUUUACGACCAUUAAGAGAACCUGUAGAAGCUGACUUGUGUAAUCCAUCACCUUGUGGAUCUAAUGCGCAUUGUGAAAACGGGGAAUGCUCAUGUCUACCUGAAUAUCACGGGGAUCCAUACGUUGGCUGUAGGCCAGAAUGCAUUACAAGUACUGAAUGUCAAAAGACUCAAAUAUGUUUAAAUAAGAAAUGUCAUAAUCCUUGUCCAGCUACAUGCGGAGUAAAUGCCGUAUGUGAAGUCAUCAAUCAUAUACCUAUGUGCAGCUGUCCAUCGGGACAUUCUGGAAACGCUUUCGUCUCAUGUAACCGUGUACAAGCCCUUACACCAUCUAAUCCAUGUAAUCCAAGUCCGUGUGGACCUAAUAGUCAGUGCCGAGAAGUAAAUAAUAUAGCAGUAUGUUCUUGCCUUCCUGGUUUCUCUGGAAAUCCUCCGACGUGUAGACCGGAGUGUACUACUAGCGCUGAGUGUCCACUUGAUAAAGCCUGCAACAACUAUAAAUGCGUAAAUCCGUGUGUUGGAUCAUGUGGGAUUAAUGCGUUGUGUGAAAUAGUAAAUCAUAAUCCAAUAUGUUCUUGUCCUGUUGAUCUCACAGGAGAUCCUUUCAACAGAUGUAUACCGCGUCCUCUUGAAACCCCACCUCAAGUGAAUCCAUGCCUGCCUUCACCAUGUGGACCGAACUCAAUUUGCCAAACAGUAAACGAGAGCCCAUCGUGCUCUUGCAUGCAAGAGUUCAUUGGAACUCCCCCUAGUUGUCGUCCAGAAUGCACAAGUAAUAGUGAAUGUUCAAACAAUAUGGCCUGUGUAAAUAGCAAAUGCAACGAUCCUUGUAUAGGCGCUUGUGGUUCCCUAGCAGAGUGUCGCGUAGUAAGCCAUACUCCAAAUUGCGUUUGUCCUCAAGGAUAUAGGGGUGACCCAUUUGUCUCAUGUGAAAUAAUCAGUUCCGCUGUUGAACAACUUUCACCGUGCACGCCGUCACCGUGCGGUAGUAAUGCCAUAUGCAAGCAACGCCAAAAUGUGGGAUCAUGCAUUUGCCUUCAGGGAUAUUUUGGAAAUCCAUACGAAGGUUGUCGCCCAGAAUGCGUUGUUAAUACUGAUUGUACCUCCGAUAAAGUGUGUCAACAAGGUAGAUGCCAAGAUCCAUGCCCCGGCACAUGUGGAAUAAAUGCACAAUGCCAUACAAUAAACCACGUUCCGCGUUGCACAUGUUUAUCCGGCUUUACAGGAGAUCCGUUCAGGAAUUGUGUUUAUAAGCAAGAAAUUGAGAUAGUAACAAACCCAUGUUCUCCUUCGCCUUGCGGACCUAAUAGUAAUUGUAAAGUAACUAAUAAUCAAGCUAUAUGUAGCUGUAUCCCAGAAUAUCGAGGUAUUCCACCGAAUUGUCGUCCGGAGUGUGUUGUAAGCGCAGAAUGUCCUUCACACGAGGCGUGCGUCGCUCAUAAAUGUGUUGAUCCAUGCAUUGGACAGUGUGGACAUAACGCUAAAUGUCGUACAAUCAAUCACAGCCCAAUAUGUACUUGUAAAGAUGAAUAUACAGGAGAUCCUUUCAGUCGAUGUUACCCUAUAACCGUUCCUAUUUUAGAUGAUUCACCUAAAAAUCCUUGUUCACCGUCUCCAUGCGGACCUUUCAGCCAAUGUUUAGAGAUAGGGUCGGUGCCUUCGUGCACAUGUCUCCCUCAAUAUCUAGGGGCUCCACCAAAUUGUCGCCCAGAAUGCGUCAUUAACUCAGACUGUUCCAGUAAUUUAGCUUGCAUCAAUCAGAAAUGUAGAGAUCCUUGUCCUGGUUCAUGUGGCAUAAACGCUCAGUGCAUUGUGAAAAACCACAUGCCUAUAUGUACUUGCCUUCAGAACUUUGUUGGCGAUGCCUUCAGUGAAUGUAAACUUCAAGUUGCAGAAGUACAACAAGAUAAUAUUGACCCCUGUAACCCAUCACCUUGCGGACCUAAUGCUGUGUGUGAUGAUGGAGAAUGCACUUGUCUACCUGAGUUCCAAGGUGAUCCAUACUUUGAGUGCCGUCCAGAAUGUGUACUAAGUUCGGAUUGUGACAAAAAUAGAGCAUGUUAUAAACAAAAAUGCGUCAACCCUUGCAAUGCUAACGUAUGUGCUGUAAACGCGAUAUGUGAAGUGGUGAAUCAUGUACCCAUGUGCAGAUGUCCAGAAAAUAUGAUUGGAAACGCAUUUGUUCAGUGCACAAUGAUGGAAGUUGUAAAUAAAAACCCUUGCAAUCCAUCUCCAUGUGGACCAAACAGCCAGUGCCGUGAGAUUAAUGGACAAGCUGUAUGUUCUUGCUUAGAAAGUUUUAUUGGUACACCACCUUCGUGCAGAUCUGAGUGUGUAGUAAGCACCGAUUGUUUGCCGGAUGAAGCGUGCUCCAAUAGAAAAUGUAUCAAACCUUGUCAAGGAGCAUGUGGGGUUGGAGCUAAAUGCCAAGUGAUAAAUCACAACCCUAUAUGUUCUUGCCCGUCGUCAUAUACGGGAAAUCCUUUUGUAAGAUGUAUUUUACAAGAAUUUGUACCCGAAAGACAAAAUCCUUGUGUACCUUCACCGUGUGGACCAAACGCCAUUUGCAAAGAAAUUGCAGAUUCACCGUCAUGCUCCUGUCAAUCCGGAUAUUAUGGAACUCCACCAUAUUGCAAACCUGAGUGCAUUAGUAAUUCUGAAUGUUCUACGCACCUUGCCUGCAUAAAUGAAAAAUGUACCGAUCCUUGCGUGGGCGCAUGUGGCUUAAAUGCUAACUGUCACGUCAUCAGCCAUUCCCCAUCUUGUUCUUGUUUACAAGAAUAUACCGGAGAUCCAUUUAUAGAAUGUCAUAGAAGAGAAAUACUACAAGAAACAUUAACACCAUGUCAACCCUCACCAUGUGGGGCAAACGCUGUUUGUAAAGAGUUUAGGGAUGCAGGCUCAUGUAUUUGCUUACCAGAUUAUUACGGCAACCCGUAUGAAGGUUGUCGACCGGAGUGCGUCAUCAACUCAGAUUGUCCUUCGAAUAAAGCAUGUCUACGAAAUAAAUGUCAGGAUCCAUGUGAUGGCUCAUGCGCACCGAACGCUGUUUGUCAAGCUGUUAAUCAUGCGCCAUCUUGUUCUUGCCCGCCGGGAUAUACAGGCGACCCAUUCAGAUAUUGUUCCUUACAAAGAGAUGAAAUAACCGUAAUAAACGUAUGCAGUCCUUCACCUUGUGGGCCAAAUAGUAGAUGCCAAGAUGUGAAUAAGCAAGCCGUAUGUUCAUGUUUGCCCGAUUUCAUCGGCACUCCACCUGGUUGUCACCCAGAAUGCGUUAUAAGUUCCGAAUGUCCGAAGAAUAAGGCUUGCGUAGAUAAAAAUUGCGUAAACCCUUGCUUGAAUGCAUGUGGACUAAAUACAGAUUGUAGAGUUAUCAAUCAUAGCCCCAUUUGUUACUGUAAGCAGUACUAUACUGGAGACCCAUUCACAAGAUGCAGUCCUUUGCCUCCACCGGUGGCCAACGCCGUUCUAGAACCGUAUACAAACCCGUGUGUACCAUCCCCCUGUGGACCUAAUUCAGUUUGUAAAGACAUUGGAAAUAUACCUUCCUGUUCUUGCAUGGAAAAUUACAUGGGAAGUCCACCAAAUUGUAGACCGGAAUGCAUGCUAAACUCUGAAUGUCCAACGUCGAAAGCUUGCAUACAACAAAAGUGCCGAGAUCCUUGUCUUGGUUCCUGUGGCAUUAACGCCAUUUGUACCGUUUCCCGGCAUACACCAAUUUGUUCUUGCCCUGAUGGCUAUGAUGGUGAUGCUUUUUCAGCUUGCAGUCCGAGAAUAAAACCCGUUUUAGAUGUUUCUGACAAAUGUAACCCGUCUCCGUGCGGAACAAAUGCAAUAUGCAGGGAUGGGAGCUGCACGUGUUCUGAAGAUUAUCACGGCGAUCCCUACAUUGGGUGCCGUCCUGAGUGUGUUCUGAGCACAGAUUGUUCACAAAAUAAAGCAUGUAUCAGGAAUAAGUGCGUGGACCCUUGUCCAAACACGUGCGCUGUUACUGCCGUGUGUGAAGUCAUUAAUCACGUGCCCAUGUGCAGCUGCCCGCACGGCAUGACUGGUAACGCUUUCUAUCAGUGCGAAAAAAUACAAGUUCCAGUUAUAACGAAUCCAUGCCUUCCAUCACCUUGUGGACCGAAUAGUCAAUGUCGAGAAGUAAAUGGGCAAGCGGUAUGCACCUGCGUUGUUGGAUACAUCGGCAGUCCACCGUUAUGUCGACCCGAGUGCGUUGUCAGUUCUGACUGUGCACUUAAUAUGGCCUGCAGUAAUUUGAGGUGUAUUAACCCAUGCAAGGGCUCUUGCGGUGUUGACGCCUUAUGCGAAGUAGUUAAACACAAUCCCAUUUGUUCGUGCCCAGCUAAAUACACAGGAGAUCCAUUCAUUCGCUGUAUUCCUUACCGGCCAGUUCUUUCCGACGCUACUCCAUGUUUGCCUUCACCGUGUGGCCCCAAUUCUAUCUGUAAAGUGGUCAACGAGGCACCUUCAUGUGCUUGCUUAUCAGAAUUCUUCGGUUCACCACCUUACUGUAAGCCUGAGUGUACAGCAAAUAGCGAAUGUUCAACUGACAAGACGUGUGUAAAUCAAAGAUGUCAAGAUCCAUGUAUAAACGCGUGUGGUGUCAAUGCACAAUGCAAAACGAUCAGUCAUUCGCCGAUGUGUUUCUGCCAAGAUGGUUAUACUGGGGAUCCAUUUACACAAUGCUUUUUGCAAAAUAAUGUGCAGCCAGAAAAAAUAUCGCCAUGCAUACCAUCUCCAUGUGGUGCUAACGCUAUAUGCAAGGAACACCUAACCGCAGGAUCAUGCUCCUGUUUAGCAGAUUAUAUCGGUAAUCCUUAUGAAGGUUGUCGUCCGGAAUGUACUGUAAACACCGACUGUACUCCAGACAAAACCUGCAUCCGUAACAAAUGUCAAGACCCGUGCCCUGGUACAUGUGCCCCAGUAGCGGUGUGUACAGUUGUAAACCAUCUUCCAUCAUGCAGUUGUCCAUUUGGAUACUCGGGUGAUCCAUAUCGACAGUGUAUUAUUCAAAAUGAGCAAAACAUCGAACCCAUUUCGCCAUGUUCUCCGAAUCCUUGUGGACCGAAUAGCGUUUGUCGUGCAGUCAAUGGUCAAAGCGCAUGCUCUUGUAUGCCUGAUUAUGUAGGAUCACCUCCUGGCUGCCGCCCAGAAUGCACAGUCAGUUCAGAAUGUCCCACAAAUAAAGCCUGCAUAAAUUUGAAAUGUGUCAACCCAUGCCCGGCGCAUUGUGGAGUCAACGCCGAUUGUAGAGUUAUAGGUCACAGUCCUAUAUGCUCAUGCAAAGAACAACACACUGGUGAUCCAUUCACUAGAUGUUACUUAGAACCGCCAAAACAACUUCAAGAACAUAGAGAUCCUUGCGUACCGAAUCCAUGUGGAGAUAACGCAAUAUGCAAAAAUCAUAAUGAAGCACCAUUAUGUACAUGUUUGCCAAACUUCCAAGGAGCCCCACCUAAUUGCAAGCCAGAGUGUGCGAUAAAUCAGGACUGUCCAUCUAAUAAAGCCUGCAUAAAUAUGAAAUGUAUUGAUCCAUGCCCAGGCAGCUGUGGUCUAAAUGCAGAUUGUACUGUAUUCAACCAUCUUCCAGCAUGCACGUGUACACCUGGUUUAACAGGAGAUCCAUUUACACAUGAGAGUUCUCCAGAUCCAUGCUAUCCAUCACCUUGUGGAUACAAUGCUCAAUGCUCAAAUGGUGUUUGCACGUGCAUAGAAGAAUAUUACGGCGAUCCUUAUUUAGGCUGUAAACCUGAAUGCAUAACCAGUAUGGAAUGUGAAUCAAACAAAGUUUGUUCUCGCAAUAAAUGCGUGAACCCUUGUCCGGGUAUGUGUGCUGCGACUGCUGAAUGCAAUGUAUACAACCAUAUUCCUAUAUGUACCUGUCCAAUCAGCACCACAGGAAACGCAUUUAUCGAAUGCCAUCAGACGGAAGUUAUUGAAAUUCAACCAUGCAACCCAAAUCCGUGCGGACCAAACAGUCAAUGCAGAGAUUCGAACGGUCAAGCAGCAUGCUCGUGUCUGCCAUCUUACAUUGGUAGCCCGCCAUCUUGUCGACCCGAGUGUACAAUUAGUUCAGAAUGUCCUCUAAACCAGGCUUGCAACAAUCAUAAAUGCAUUAAUCCUUGCAUCGGAAGCUGUGGAUAUGGUGCUAGAUGUGAAGUUAUCAACCACAAUCCUGUUUGUUCAUGUCCACCUCAGAACACAGGCGAUCCAUUUACUUAUUGCUCGCCAGUUGUAUCAACCCCAUUACCACCUGUUGAUCCCUGUACGCCAUCUCCUUGCGGGCCUAAUUCCAUCUGUAAAGUUAUUGGAGAGGCACCCUCAUGUACAUGCAUGUCCACCUACAUGGGAUCACCUCCCAAUUGUCACCCCGAGUGCAUCACGAACUCUGAAUGUUCAUCGAAUCUAGUCUGCAUUAACCAAAGAUGUAAAGACCCGUGUCCUGGCAGCUGUGGCUAUAACGCCGAUUGUGUUGUCAUUAGUCAUGGACUUGUGUGCGUAUGCCCACACGGACAAACUGGAGAUCCGCUAAUUUCGUGUAACCCGAUUAGAGAUAGUGUAAUCGAGUACAAUUCUCCUUGCGAACCGUCACCGUGUGGACUGAACGCAGAGUGUACAGAAAGAAAUGGUGCAGGCGCCUGCAAAUGUCUGGACUCAUACAUAGGCAAUCCUUACGAAGGAUGUCGUCCAGAAUGUGUCUUGAACAGCGAUUGUAGUCCCACACUAGCCUGUAUUCAAAAUAAAUGUAAAGACCCUUGUCCCGGAAUAUGUGCCCCUAAUGGUAUAUGCCAAGUUGUGAACCAUUUACCGUCGUGCUAUUGUCCACCUGGGCUUACAGGUGAUCCAUACACUUUCUGUAGGCAGAAAGUUGAAGAUACUAAAGUCGCUCCCUGUACACCAUCUCCUUGUGGGCCAAAUAGCCAAUGCCGAGAAGUGAAUUCUCAAGCAAUUUGCAGUUGUCUAGAGUCUUACAUGGGUACGCCACCAAACUGCCGACCGGAAUGUACGAUAAAUAGCGAAUGUCCGAGUAAUAAAGCAUGUAUCAAUCAGAAAUGUGUGGAUCCUUGUCAAGGGCAAUGUGGCUUGCAUGCCAACUGUAGGGUUAUAUCUCACAAUCCAAUCUGUUCCUGCCAAGAGAGAUAUACUGGAGAUCCAUUUUCACAUUGCAUGCCAGUCAUCAUAUCGGAACAACAACAAGUAAACCGUAAUCCAUGCGUACCAUCGCCUUGUGGACCAAACUCUCUUUGCCAAGUGAACAAUGAAAAUGUUCGUUGUAUGUGCCUAGCCGAGUUACAUUGGUACGCCUCCUCGUUGUCGACCGGAGUGCACAAACCAGAAGUUAUAAAUCCAUGUUCCCCGUCACCAUGCGGAGCUAACGCCGUAUGUAAUAACGGAGAGUGUUCCUGCUUACCAGAAUACUUUGGGGAUCCAUAUUUUGGUUGUAAACCAGAAUGUAUACUCAAUUUAGAUUGUUCGCGUGAUAAAGCUUGUGUGAACAAUAAGUGUAUAAACCCAUGUGCUGGAACGUGUGGUACGAAUGCAACUUGUGAGGUUAUCAAUCACAUCCCAGCUUGUUCUUGUCCCUCCGGAACAAAGGGCGAUCCGUUUUAUUACUGCAAUAUAAUAAAAGAAAUGACGCCGAAAGAUGUAUGCAAUCCAUCUCCAUGUGGACCUUAUAGCCAAUGUAGAGAAGUGAAUGGUCAUGCAGUUUGCGUUUGUGUUCAAGGCUUCGUAGGUUCCCCUCCUAAUUGCCGCCCGGAAUGUAUUCUCAGUUCAGAUUGUAACCUUAAUCGGGCUUGUUCAAAUCAAAAAUGUAUUGAUCCUUGUCCGGGAGCUUGCGGUCAGCACACAAAUUGCGCAGUUAUCAAUCACAACCCAGUUUGUACUUGCUUACCUGGUUUCUCUGGCGAUCCAUUCACAAUAUGUCAACCAAUACGUGCCACACCUCCAGUCCAGGUAAACCCAUGCCUGCCGUCACCCUGUGGACCUAACUCAGAGUGCAAUGAAGUAGGCAAUGAUGCAAGUUGUAAAUGUCUACCAGACCACAUCGGUACACCGCCACUUUGCCGACCUGAAUGCACAAGUAACUCUGAAUGUUUCACAAAUAUGGCGUGUAUCAACAGAAAAUGUAGAGACCCAUGUGUAGGGUCGUGUGGGAUUAACGCAGAAUGCAAAGUCGUCAGUCAUACACCAAUUUGUAUUUGUCAAAACGGAUAUUCCGGUGAUCCGUUCAUUCGGUGCAACGUGCAGGCAGAACCAAUAAUCGCUGAACAACUGACGCCAUGCCUCCCAUCGCCCUGCGGGAGCAACGCUGAGUGCAGAGAGCAAAAUAACGUCGGUUCAUGUGUCUGUAUAGAAGGCUAUUUCGGAGAUCCAUACAUAUCGUGCAAGCCUGAAUGUUUAUUAAAUUCUGACUGUCUUUCUAAUCAAGCCUGCAGACAAAAUAAAUGUAUAGAUCCAUGUCCAGGAACAUGUGGUAUUAAAGCUAAUUGUUAUGUUACAAGUCACAUACCGAACUGUGUAUGCCCUGAACAACAUUUCGGCGAUCCCUAUAAAAUAUGUACUUACAGACCUCAAGUUGAAAUCGAACCAUGCUAUCCAUCGCCAUGCGGACCCAACAGCAAAUGCAGUUCUCGUGAUAACGUAGCCGUAUGUACGUGUUUAGCUGGUUACAAUGGGUCGCCACCUAAUUGCAAACCAGAAUGUGUUUCAAAUUCAGAAUGUCCACUUGAUAAAGUGUGCGAGAACCUGAAAUGUGUGUCGCCAUGUCCACGAGGAUGCGGAUUAAAUACAGAUUGUCGAGUGAUUAAUCACAACCCCAUAUGUUCAUGUAAAGAAGGCUACUCUGGAGACCCAUUCUCAGUUUGUAGUAUACUUCAAACACCCAUAACGAAUAUACCGUCGGAUGCAUGUUUCCCAUCACCUUGCGGCCCUAAUGCUGUAUGUCGGGACGUGGGUGGCAUACCAUCCUGCUCCUGUAAUAUUGGAUACCUUGGUCAUCCACCAAAUUGCAGACCAGAGUGUAUCGUCAACACCGAUUGUAGCCGUGAUGAAGCCUGUUUGAAUAUGAAGUGUCAAAAUCCAUGUCAAGGGUCCUGCGGUAUUAAUGCACUUUGUAAUGUUGUGAAUCACGUUCCUAUGUGUUUGUGUCCGCUUGGCUACAAGGGAGAUCCUUUCACAUACUGCACAGUUCAACUAGAAGAGGCAGCGCAGGAAAGUGAUCCGUGCAAUCCUUCUCCCUGUGGUCCAAACGCUGUAUGCAAUAACGGUGAAUGUACAUGCAUGUCGGAGUAUCAUGGUGACCCGUAUUUCGGUUGCCGACCAGAGUGCGUCCUCAGUACGGAUUGCCCCCUUGACAAGACCUGUUUAAGAUCUAAAUGUGUCGAUCCCUGCAACAAUAUGUGUGGUGUAAACUCUGACUGCAACGUAUAUAAUCAUGUUGCUAUAUGUAGCUGUCCGCAAGGCACGACUGGAGAUGCCUUUUCAAGAUGCUUUAAAAUAGAGAAACCAACAACGAGACCUUGUGAUGUAUCACCCUGUGGACCUAAUAGUGUUUGUAGAGAGAUCAACGAACAAGCUGUAUGUUCAUGUAUACAAGGAUAUUUAGGAAAUCCACCAAACUGUCGACCGGAGUGUAUACAAAGCACUGACUGUCAUCCAUCCCUUGCAUGUAUAAAUAUGAAAUGUCAAGAUCCAUGCCCCGGAUCCUGUGCAUCAAACGCUGAUUGCAGAGUAGUCAACCACAACCCUGUGUGUUCUUGCCCGCCGAGAUAUACUGGGUCACCAUUUACUCAUAGCUUUGUUCAACAACAUGAAGAACCUGUAGCAAAUCCAUGCGUUCCUUCACCAUGCGGGCCAAAUAGUGUCUGUACUCCGACGAAGAAUGGAGAAGCAUAUAUGUGCUUGUGCCAACCGACAUUUGAAGGAACGCCACCUAACUGCCGACGAGAAUGUUCUACUAGCGAUGAGUGUCCUAUUAAUAAAGCGUGCGUUAAUUUCAAAUGUUCCGACCCAUGCAUAGGAUCGUGUGGAACAAAUUCGCUGUGCACUGUACGUCUUCAUACAGCGAUGUGCUCAUGUCAAGAGGGUUACACGGGCGAUCCUUUCCUAUCUUGCUAUCAAGAACAACAAAUACUUGAGCCAAUUGAUCCCUGUAUCCCCUCCCCCUGUGGUGCAAAUAGCCAAUGUAAAGUUUUGCCGAAUGGAGUUGCCAUCUGUAGCUGUCAUAGUGGCUAUUUUGGAAAUCCUUAUGAGGGAUGUCGACCUGAAUGUGUUAUAAACAGUGACUGUCCAUUUAACAAAGCAUGUCUCAAAAACAAAUGCCAAGAUCCAUGCCCUGGCGUAUGCGGCUCAACAGCCAUUUGUCAAGUUUUAAACCAUGUACCGUCUUGUUCAUGCUCACCUGGAUAUACUGGAAAUCCAUACGCCUACUGUCACAUUAUAAUUAGAGACGAUGUUUUAGUUGCUAACAAUCCGUGCCUACCCAACCCAUGUGGAAGCAAUGCUGUUUGUAAAAAUAAUGAUGGAUUAGCCUCGUGCUCUUGCUUGCCGGAAUAUUCUGGAACUCCUCCAAACUGUCGCCCCGAGUGUUCAGUGAACUCAGAGUGUCCAUCGACGAAAAGUUGCAUUAAUCAGAGAUGUGUGGAUUCUUGCGUUAACGUAUGUGGUCAGAAUGCAGAAUGUAGAGUUGUUAAUCAUGCACCAAUAUGUUCAUGUCGUAUCGGAUAUGAGGGCGAUCCAUUCAUAAGAUGCGCUGUAAUUACAAAAACACCAUUACUUGAAAGCAAUCCAUGUGUUCCGUCUCCGUGUGGGCCAAACUCUUUCUGCCAAUCCAACAACAAAGUUCCAAUGUGCACUUGCAUGCCAAACUAUUUCGGCUCACCACCUAACUGCCGACCAGAGUGUACUAUAAACUCGGAUUGUCCAAGCAACACAGCAUGUAUCAGACAGAGGUGUGCAGAUCCUUGCGUCGGAUCUUGUGGUCUCCAAACUGUCUGCCAUGUGCAUCAACACGCAGCUAUCUGCAGUUGUUUAGAGGGCUAUACCGGAAAUCCAUUUGAAAGCUGCUAUAUCCAAGAUGCUAUAGAACCAGUCCCUGAAAAAUACGAUGAAUGCAAUCCGAAUCCCUGUGGUGCAAACGCUAGAUGCAAUAAUGGCAUUUGUUCUUGUUUACCGAAUUACUUUGGCAAUCCUUACUUGAGUUGUCGUCCUGAAUGUACCCUUAACGCAGAUUGCGCCACGAAUUUGGUUUGUGUGAAUACUAAAUGUGUAAACCCAUGCAACAAUUUGUGUGGACAUGGUGCAAUAUGUGAAGUCUACAAUCAUAUUCCUAUGUGUUCGUGCCCACGUAAUACAACUGGAAAUGCCUUUAUCUCGUGCUCUUCCGCUAUUGUGGAAUACACAAAUCCUUGUACUCCUUCGCCGUGUGGGCCUAACAGUAUAUGCAGAGUGAUAAACCAACAAUCUAUGUGCGCGUGCGUCGUUGGCUACAUUGGAGCACCACCUUCUUGCCGACCCGAGUGCGUCGUCGACUCUGAUUGCUCACAGUUACUGUCAUGUUCGAACCAAAAAUGUAUUGAUCCUUGUCAAGGAUCUUGUGGAAUUAACGCUGAAUGCAAAGUUCAUUAUCACAAACCUAUUUGCUUCUGCCGAAGUGGUUUAACGGGCGACCCGUUCGUACAAUGCUUGGCAAUACAAAAUGAACCAACGGUGCACAGAAGUCCGUGCGUACCAUCUCCAUGUGGAGCGAACUCAAUUUGUAAAGAAAUAAGCGGAUCUUCGUCAUGCUCUUGCUUAAAUGGAUUCAUUGGACGUCCUCCAUACUGUCGUCCAGAAUGUGUAUCGAAUGGCGAGUGCAGCUCAGACAAAUCUUGUAUAAAUAACAAAUGCGUUGAUCCCUGCGUUAGUGUCUGUGGACAAAACGCGGACUGUCGAGUCAUAAGCCACUCUCCGCAAUGCUCAUGCCGACUAGGUUAUCAAGGAGAUCCUUUCAAUGAUUGUCAACCAAUAUCAGUUCAAAAACCGUUAUCACCAUCCAGGCCUUGUACACCUGACCCCUGUGGACCAAACGCCAUUUGUCAGGAACGGGAUAAUAGCGGAAGCUGCAUGUGUAUGAGUAAUUAUUUUGGUAACCCAUACGAAGGAUGCCGACCGGAAUGUGUACUUAACUCGGACUGUCCACAGAAUCUUGCCUGUAUAAAUAAUAAAUGCAGUGAUCCGUGUCCCGGUUUCUGUGGUAUUAACGCUAUCUGUCAAAUCGUAAAUCACGUACCGAAAUGCUUAUGUAUGCCAGAAUAUAUAGGAAAUCCACAUGAUAUAUGCAAUGUAAAGAAAGAUGAACCUUUAGAUCCUUGCACACCGUCACCUUGUGGUCCUCACAGUACCUGCUUAGCUCGAAAUAAUAAAGCCAUGUGCUCUUGCUUACCCGACUUCACUGGGUAUCCACCUAAUUGUAAACCGGAAUGUGUCAUGAGUUCUGAGUGCCCUCUAAAUAAAGCAUGCGUUAAGCAGAAAUGUAUUGAUCCUUGCAUAAAUACUUGUGGAGAAAACGCCGAAUGUAGAACACAUCGCCACAGUCCAUAUUGCACCUGUGUACCUGGCUUCGCCGGCGAUCCAUUUAUACGAUGUGUCAAAGAGAAAGCAAUAGCCCAUGACAUACAGAAUCCUUGCAACCCAAAUCCGUGUGGACCUAAUUCUAUUUGUAGAGAUGUCAGUGGAUCGGCUGUUUGCAGUUGCAAAUCUGGUUAUGUCGGUACGCCGCCAAGUUGUAAACCCGAAUGUAGUAUUAAUUCAGAUUGUCCCAGCAAUAAGGCUUGCGUACGUGAAAGAUGCGUCGAUCCCUGUGUUGGAUCUUGUGGAAGUAACACUCAAUGCAGAGCUAUGAACCACCUUGCCAUUUGCAUGUGUAUUGAUGGCUACAAAGGAGAUCCAUUCGUUGGCUGCUAUUUAGCUAUAAAAGAUACUGUGCCAUUAGCGUCAGAUCCUUGCGAAAGGUUACCGUGUGGCAUAAACUCUGUCUGCAGUAAUGGCACUUGUUCAUGCAUUACCGGCUACCGCGGAAAUCCUUACGUGGAAUGCAGACCAGAAUGUACCAGUGACAAUGACUGUUUGAAGAACCAAGCCUGUAUCAACUACAAGUGCGGCAACCCCUGUACUAAUUCCUGUGGACUGGACGCCGUAUGCAAUGUGUAUAACCAUAUCGCAAUUUGUGACUGUCCAUCACCACUUCAGGGAGAUCCAUUCAUCGCAUGUCACCGUGUCAUUGAUCACGUGGUCACCGAUCCCUGUACACCAAAUCCUUGCGGUCCGAAUACAAUAUGUCGAGCAGAUGGAACAGUGGCUCAUUGUUCAUGUCGUCCACAAAUGUUUGACGAGCCCCCAACGUGUAGGCCGGAAUGCCGCACCAACUCUGACUGCGCACCAAACCUAGCAUGUCGUAAUAACAAAUGCCAAGAUCCAUGUCCUAGUGCCUGUGGUUCGCAUGCAAUUUGUCGUGCAAUGUCUCAUUCACCGAUAUGUAGCUGCCCAUUAGGUUACACAGGCGAUCCAUUCAUACGCUGUGUACCAAUGAUCGAGUCUGAGCCAAAAGUAACAUCAUCAUGUCACGACUGUGGACCUAAUGCGGAUUGUAUUCAAUCCGUAUGCCGCUGUCGGGAUAAUUACGUGGGCGCGCCGCCAUAUUGUCGCUCCGAGUGUCUCAGUGCCAGCGAUUGCGAUUGGAAACACACCUGUGUCAAUAAACGCUGCGUCGACCCUUGUCCCGGAGCUUGUGGACUAAACGCUCUUUGUACCCCGGUUGCGCACGAGCCACAAUGCGCCUGUCCUUCUACCUUCUACGGAAAUCCCCUUACAGAAUGUCGACCCAUCGAUAAUAUUCAAAAAGUUCCAAACGAUCCUUGCAACCCGUCACCCUGUGGUCCUGGAGCAAUAUGUCGCACGAGAGGAAACGGAGCAUCGUGUGAAUGUGAGCCAGGCUUACGCGGAGAUCCAUACACGAACUGUCGCCCAGAAUGUCUUGCCGAUUCAGACUGUUCACCAGCAAGAGCUUGUAUACGAUCAAAAUGCCGUGACCCAUGCGAAGGCACUUGUGGAGUUGGAGCGGACUGCGAAACUGUUAAUCAUAUACCGCUUUGUUCGUGCCCACCAGGAACAAGAGGAAACGCGUUCGAAAAAUGUGAUGCUGUAAUAACAGCGCCACCUUGCACACCAUCACCAUGUGGUCCUGGGGCUCUAUGUUCAGUAGUGAACAACAACGCAGUUUGUUCAUGCCCGAGUGGAACGAGUGGCGAUGCCUCAUCUAAUGGUUGUCGGCCUGAGUGCGUCGUGAGUUCAGAAUGCUCACGUGAUCGCAUCUGUGUCAGAAACAAAUGUAUUGAUCCAUGCCUCGGAGCAUGUGGCAACGGGGCAAUGUGUCGCGUAUUUGACCACGCACCUAUUUGCUCGUGCCCACCAUCCACCACCGGUGAUCCUUUCAUUAACUGCGUUGCAAGAGACGUUCCUACAACUUCACCAACUGUUUACGACCCUUGUGAUCCAAACCCCUGUGGCCCACAUGGAACGUGUCGCGAUGGAUUCUGCACUUACCCUGAAUGCAUUGUAAACGAUGAUUGCCCGGGUGAUCGCACAUGUAUGAAUAGAAAAUGUUCCGAUCCGUGUAUCGACGCUUGUGGAAUAAAUGCCAUUUGCACUGGUGUAAGGCAUUCCGCGGUGUGUUCAUGUCCAGCCGGAUACACCGGUUAUCCAUUUGUAAGAUGUGAACGAAUAACGAUUACCAUACCAACAACACCUUUACCGGAGUGUGUAAGAGACCAGCAAUGCGCCGACAACAUGGUCUGUGCUGACUCUAGGUGUACACCAGUUUGCGAACAAAACAGCUGUGGACUCAAUGCGCAAUGUGUCGCUAGACAACAUAGAGCUCAUUGUGCUUGCUUGCACGGAUUUGAAGGCGACGCUUACACUGGUUGUUAUUCCGUUCAAUGCCAUAGCAACAACGACUGCCCUGACGAUGAGAGUUGCGACAGCGGUUCUUGUAUCAAGGUCUGUUCACGGGUUCGAUGCGGUGUCGAUGCCAAAUGUAUAGCCCGGGGUCAUACAGCCUCCUGCGAAUGUAACCCUGGUGCUCGCGGUAACCCUUGGGUCGCGUGUCGUAGAGAAGAAUGUACUAUCGACGACGACUGCCCUGCAUGGUUAGCUUGCAGAGGAAACACUUGUCAAGAUCCUUGUCCUGGAAGCUGUGGACAAAAUGCACAGUGCACUGUUGUUCGACACACUCCUGUAUGCGAAUGUUCACGGGGUACUACGGGAAAUCCUAAGAUUAACUGUCAACCUGUUUUCGACGAGACAGAAUGUUCCACCGACGCAGAAUGUGGCCAAAACCUUGCGUGCUUACAAGGAAACUGCAGAAAUCCAUGUGACUCCACGUCAUGCGGCUUAAACGCAGAGUGUCGCGUAGCAAAUACCCUGCCGUUCCGAACGCUAGUUUGUGAAUGUCCCAAGCCAUUGACUGGUGAUGCUUCAGUUAAAUGUAAUCCGAAAGGUCAAUGUAACGAAGACAAUGAGUGUGACGAGGAAGAGCGGUGUCUUCAGGGAAGAUGUACGCCAGCUUGCGAGUCGCAGUUGUGCGGUGUAGGAGCGGAGUGUCGUGCGCUUGCGCAUCGAGCUUCCUGCACCUGUUUGCCACCUUUGCAAGGAGAUCCUAACGUUGCCUGUGCUCCAAGUGCAGUCGGCAGUACAUGUAAGAAGGAUACAGAUUGCGGUGCGGCAGAAGCUUGUGUGACGGGUAACUGCGUAUCCGCAUGCGCGGGAGCAUGUGGUGCCGGAGCGUUAUGCGACGCAGACCGACAUCGAGCGCGGUGCCGUUGUCCACCCGGCACUGCUGGCGAUCCAGCGCGCGCCUGUUAUACACCUGAAUGCACUACGGACGAUAACUGUCCAUUUAACAAAGGUUGCAUAAAUGGAUACUGUCAAGACCCAUGCGCACUUGAAUCGCCUUGCGGACGUAGUGCUGUAUGUGAGGUUAUAGCCCACGCGGCAACUUGUAGAUGCCCAGCGGGAACCCAAGGUGACCCGAGACGUGCUUGCAUAGGAGCCGUCUGUCAAUAUAAUGAAGAUUGCGAUUACACUAAAGCCUGCGAUAGACUCAAUCGGAUUUGCCAACCUGUAUGCUCUGAUAACGCUUGCGCCCCGGGAGCUUCGUGUACACCAAGCGGACAUAGAGCUAUAUGUACCUGCCCGCCAAACCAAUCCGGUGACCCUUACCUACGAGGAUGCGUGACUAUCCAAAAAACAGAAGAAUGUUUAAUAGACGCUGACUGUGCUGCUCCGUUUGCUUGUUUGAACUCGCGCUGUGUCGAUUUGUGUCAAGAAAAUCCAUGUGAAUCCGGCUUGUUAUGUAAAACUAUAGACAUUCUUCCAUUGCGGGCGAUAGCAUGUGUGUGUGCAGAUGGAGGACGCGUAGCUCCCGACACGGGAUGUCGCGCGCCUCAGGGAGAAUGUUCAGCAGAUGCCGAAUGCUCCAAUAGUCAGAUUUGUCGUCGCGGCAAUUGCGUGGAUGCCUGUAAAGCUAAUCCUUGCGGUCAAAAUGCUAUUUGUGAAUCAGUUGACCACCUUGCACGCUGUACCUGCCCGCCGGGCUACACGGGAAAUCCAAGAGUGGAGUGUAAUACAGAGCCGAGACAACCCUCUAUUUGGGAAUGUUAUAAUGACAAAGAGUGUGGAGAUGAGCGCGCAUGCGUGGAUCGUAUAUGUGUAAACCCGUGUGUGGGUGCUUGUGGUUUAGCUGCGCUGUGCCGCGUCAUCAACAAUCAGCCUCAUUGCACUUGCCCCACUGGGUACACGGGAGAUGCGCAAACUCGCUGCGUACCGCCAUCACAAGAUUCUAUUAUACCAGUGGGUUGCAAAGCAAAUUCUGAUUGUCCGUUAUCACAAGCAUGUAUCAAUGGCGCCUGCGCAAACCCUUGUGCUUGUGGCACCAAUGCUGAAUGCAAUGUUAUCAGACAUCACCCAGUAUGCUAUUGUCAAAACGGCUACUCCGGCAAUCCAUAUACAGACUGUAUAAAAGUGGGCUGUUCAGCAGAUCGAGAAUGUCCAGAUAGCGAUAUAUGUUACAACGGCGCAUGCAUAAGCCCAUGCUUAGUGGAGACACCUUGUGCCAUCAGCGCAGAAUGUUACGGCAAGUCACAUAGGUCUAACUGUCGCUGUCCUCCUGGUACAUCAGGAAAUCCUUUCUCUAAAUGUCAGGCAUCGGAAUGCGAAGCAGAUUCCGACUGUUACGAUGACAGUAUUUGUGUACGCGGUGUUUGCCACAAUGCAUGUUCUUUCAGUGGCCAGAAUCCUUGCGCCUCUAACGCUGAAUGUUUCGCUAAAAACCACGCGGCUUCAUGUAAAUGUCCAUCGACAAUGCCACUUGGUGAUCCAUUGAUACAAUGUGAAAGAGUCACAGUAAUCGGAGAACCUGAAUGUCGAUUGGACGGAGACUGUCCUAGCGGACAAGCCUGCCUCAGGGACCAGUGUCGCGACGCUUGUCUGGAAUUAACACCAUGCACCGGAAACUCACGCUGUUCUGUAUCUGAUAGUGUGCCGUUCCGUACUUUAAUAUGCCGUUGCCCAGAGGGCUACGUUCCUAAUAAAGAGGGUGCUUGUGAUCCUGUGCAACUACCUCCAUUGAGUUGUUCAUCUGACGAUGACUGCAGUGACCAAGAAUCUUGCAUCAACAGAAUCUGUCGAAACCCAUGCAACUGUGGAGACAACGCAGAGUGUUUCCUUAAGAACCAUAGACCUGUAUGCACUUGUCGAGAAGGUUUCGAUGGCAACCCAUACAGCGCAUGUCAUAUCGUCGGCUGCCGAACAGACUCAGAAUGUCAGACCAACGAAGCUUGUGUUAACGGUAACUGCGUCAGUCCUUGUUUAUUGAAUAACACGUGUGGAUACAACGCUGAAUGUUAUGUCGAACGGAAUCAUCCACUUUGUCGAUGCCGACCAGGAUUUGAAGGUGACGCUUAUGCCAAUUGCAAUCCAGUAGAAUGCCGGUCGAACGGUGACUGCGCGAGAGAUAAACUGUGCCGAGGGCAUAAAUGUAUCAAUCCGUGUGUCUCUGAGAAUAACUGUGGACGAAAUGCAAUGUGUUUAGUUCGCAACCAUCUACCGGUGUGCAAAUGUGAAUACGGUUUCAUCGGUAGCCCUUACGUCGAAUGUAGACCGGAAAUUACAGCAGAAUGUACCGUGGACGCAGAUUGCUCGCCCAAGAUGGCGUGUUUAUCUGCCAAAUGUGUCAAUCCAUGCACAGCUUUAAAUCCAUGCGCCACACCAGCGCGCUGCGAAGUACUUCCUACAUUACCGGUGCGCACUAUGCUGUGCUCUUGUCCACCUGGAUACGUUAGCGGUGGCGGUGGCGUUUGCCGACCUGCUAUCACAAUAACGGACGUCGCUUGCGAAGCUGAUAACGACUGCACCUCCAACCAUGCUUGCGUAACAUCUGUAUGUAAGAACCCAUGUGACUGCGGACCUAAUACUGAUUGUCAAAUUCGGGACCAUAAACCCGUGUGUGCAUGUCGGCCAGACUUCUUUGGCGACCCUCAGACCGGCUGCUACGCUGUAUCUUGUCGCGCAGAUAGCCAAUGCAGUGACGAUGAAACUUGUUUCAAUAACCAUUGUAUACCUGCUUGUUCUGCCGAACCGAACAUUUGUGGACCGUCUGCUGAGUGCUAUGGGGAAAACCAUAGAGCAUUUUGUAGAUGCCAGUUUGGAACAUCGGGUAACCCUAACGUGGCUUGUACUCCUAUCAGCUGCAGAGCAAACUCAGAUUGUCCAACAGAAAAAUCUUGUAUAAACAACAGAUGUGUGGAACCAUGCACAAUAUCAUCUUGCAAGGAACCAGCAGAAUGUAGAGUUUACUUACACGACGUGUACUGUGUCUGCCCACCAGGAUACCAAAGUACUAAAGACGGUUGCAACAAGACUGAAGAAGAAUGCGCUUUUGAUGUCGACUGCCCAUCUGGCACAGCGUGCUUGAACAAAAAGUGUGUAAAUCCUUGUUUAGAAAUAGAACCUUGUGGUAGAAAUGCCAAAUGUCAUGUCGCAGAUACAAAUCCAGUGCGAACAAUGAUAUGUGAAUGUGAACAGGGAUAUGAAGGAAACGCAUUAUUGGAAUGUAAACCAAAUAAACCACCUAUAACAAAAUGUAUUGACGGCCAAGGUGUGAAUGAAUAUGGCGAAUGUGAGCCUUGCUCGGAUGCAGAAGGCAAAAUAGUGGACGCGCGUGGUCGCUGUGUCUGCGAUUUGGAACGCGGAUUUACUAGCAAGGGCGACAUGUGUGUCCUUGUUGGCUGCCGUACUGACGAGCAAUGUAAUGAUGAUGCGACGUGUGUAAACGGAAAAUGUAUACCAGCAUGCGAAGCAGAGCCUUGCGGCCUAUUUGCAACGUGCACGGCAGUCGGACAUCGCUCGCGCUGCACGUGUAUAACGGGAUAUGUCGGCAACCCUAAAGUGCAGUGUAAUGCUACAACAACACCAAAUAUAACUUAUCGUACCGACUUCCCUCUACCAGAUAUGCAGGUUCAUUGCUUAGCUGAUGGUGUACGAGUGAGUCUUAAGAUCAAAGAUUUCAACGGUGUACUCUAUGUCAAAGGAUACAGUAAAGAUGAACGGUGUCGCCUAAUUGUGCACACUACCGAAAACCAAGAGAGUCCAGUUGAUUUCACAGUUCAUUUCGGUGAUUGUGGAUUAGUUCAUGUCAACGGCCUUGCCAGUUUCGUACUGGUAAUGCAGAAACAUCCUAAGCUGGUAACAUCGAACGCGAAGGCUUUCCACAUCAAGUGUAUAUACCAGACAGGCGAGCAGAACGUCACUCUCGCCUUCAACGUCUCAAUGUUGACAACAGCCGGUACUAUUGCUAACACGGGCCCUCCACCCACAUGCUCCAUGCGGAUAGUGUCCCGUGCGGGCGAUGAGAUCAGCUCGGCAGAGAUCGGAGAAAACCUCGUCUUGCAAGUCGACGUACAGCCAUCUAGUAUUUACGGUGGUUUCGCCAGAAGUUGCAUAGCAAAGACAAGUGAAGUGUCGACGAAUAUCGAAAACGAAUAUACAGUAACGGACGCGGACGGUUGCGCGACGGACGCCGCCAUAUUUGGGGAAUGGGAACGCAGUGAAGACGGUAGCGCGCUGCGAGCGGCUUUCAACGCGUUCAAGUUCCCAAGUAGCGAUAACAUACGAUUCCAAUGCAACAUACGGGUUUGCUUUGGAAACUGUCAACCGGUUAAUUGCCGAGGCUCCGACGCUUUCGGUAAACGCAGGAAGCGAGAAGUAAUCGACGAUAAUUCGCUAUCUGGGCGGCUUCGCGAGGAGGUGACCGUGGAGUCUAAUCAAAUUUUGACGUUGGAACGAAGGGAUCCAUCCAGAGCGGCACGACAACGGGACGCUUCAUCCGAUGGAACUGGCAACAGCACUGCAGCGGAGGUGUGCGUGUCGGCCGCAGGGCUAGCUGUCGCCUUGGCACUGACUGCUCUGUUAGCGCUGGUGGCGGUGGCAGCUGCGGUUGCCUGCUGGCUAGUGGCUUGGCGCCGAGCUCGACCCCCGCCUGCACCUCUUCCGCACCCGCCUGACUUCCCAAACCCCCUAUUCCAACGUUAA